AUGGAUGCGGGUAUAGAGAAGGAAUGCAGCGCCUUGGGAGGGCUUUUCCAGCUCAUCAUGAACGACAUGAAGGUAAAAAAAAAAUCUAAUUAAAUUAACUUUCUAUUUACUCCGGAUUACCUCAGCACAUUUAAGCCAUGUUUGAUAGUUUCCCUGUUUUAUAACUUUGUGUCUUUUCACGACAUGAAGCGGAUUUUCAUGGAAAAGCUGAACUCUGCUCCUCCAUCAGAAACACUGAGCAUCUCUGAGUGAACACACGAGGCCUUACUAUUGACCUUUUACAAGACUUAAAGAUAUGGACGAGAAGGUGUGAGGAAAACUGUUAAAAUGCACGUUUUCUUAAAAAAUAUGACACAUGUAGAAAGAACAAAUGAAGCAAACUAGCAACAAGUUUGUAAAUAUGUACAAGAGUCAAUGACCUAUAAGGUUUUUAAACACGUCAAUUUUAAAAUAGCAAAAAUAAGAAUAUAUUUUGCAGAAGUUCAAACACUAAGGAUGUUGUGUAUACAGAAAUUAAUGUUAAAUUUUUAAAUUAGGCAAUUUCAGUGUUUUUUUCAUGUAGAUGAAUUGUCAUGUGGUGCGACCAUAAUUUAUCUAAAAAUUUUUACAUUUUUCCAACAUACUUAAUAGUUUUUUACAGAUUGUCAGUAAUAUCAAGUAGAUAGAAACAAAAGUGUUUGCAUUUUAUUUGAGUUUUUGUAAAUAAUGAUCUCACAUUUUAGCUCUAUAAUGUCACACUCACUAAAUUAAAUGUAGUUAACUGACUGAUUUUUUCUUUAAAUUGCAUAAUACUGAUAAAAAUGUUUUAAAACUACCUUUCACUUAAGUAUGUUGUAUUGGGUAUUAAUGUCUCAGUUACAGAAAUUAUAUAUUUUAGUUUGUAUUUAAUACAAUUAAUGUUAUUAUUGUCUCCAUGUUUUUCGACUACAUGUGCUGCUAGAUGGUGUUACUGUAGGACCAAACGGCUUUUAACUAAAUCAGAAUCAAUGAAAAUGAAAUAAGUUUGUUUGUGAGGGAAAAAUUCAACCACUUACUGAAACACACAUUUUCUCAUAUUGUCUUUAAAAGUUUGUUAGACUUUUCAAUUUGGUCAUGAUGAAAUAUUCGAGACAGUCAGUGGAGAUCCACUGUUAGGGAAGGUUGUGAAAUCCUUAAUAAAACAUUGAAUAUGUAAUUAUGUAGUUAAAUGUGCGAGGGUUAGACAGGGUGAUAAAUCAUCAUCAUGUUUGCUUUAUUAUCUAAUAAGCAGUAGGACAAACUACCAAAGAGUGUCCGCCAGCCUGUUGAUUUUAAUAACCCUGACUACAUCAAGCUUACUGGUGCUGAUAUUCUGUUUGUGAAUGAUACAGUAAGUGUGUCUUAAAUAGACAAAGGUUACAUAACGAGCUAAUUUGUUUAAGAAUGGAAAUUAGAAAUAGCAGGUAAUACAAAUAAAGUUAGUUUGAGGUUGAAAAUAAAGGAUAGGUCCACAGUAGGGGGGUUUAAUAUCCUUUCAUCCUUAUUCUUGUGACAAUGCUGGCGGCAAGUAUGAGGCAUUUUGUAAAGAUUUUCAAUGGGCCAUUAUUGUGAGAAGACUGUCAUCUCAUAUAAUAUCGUGGCUCUACGAAAGGCACCACUAGUUGUAUGUGAAUGCACAUGGAUCUGUUCACCUGUAGACAUCAGUAUUGACCUCUUUAUCGGUAACUUAUCAUCAGUGAUGUCAAACAUGUGAAGUGUGGGCUUCGAUAAAACAGAUAUUCAUUAAAAAUGCAGACCUCAAAUUUCUUAAGUGCAUCCUUCGUACCCACAGCCAUCAGACUUUAUAAUUUUUCUGUAAAUGGUAGAUGACUUGAGAGAUGACAAAUGAGACUACAGACAAUUGAGUUUCUCCUCGGGGAUCCAUAAAGUUCUCCUUCUUUUUCUGCUUCUUCUUCUGCUUCUUCUGCUUCUUCUUCUGAAAGUGUCAAAGAAAACCUGUGCCUGUUAAAGUGUACCGCUGUCACAGCCACCUUCUUCCAGUACCUUUGAACCGAGAGUUGUAGAUGAGUGUGAGUGAACUUGAGAUACAUCUGAGGCCUGAAACACGGGUCUAUUCCUGUCUGGAUUGAGAAUGAGUCCUGCUGAUGUUGAUUGGGUAAUGAAUGAGCAGAGGUUAAAUCUGGAAGUGGGCCAUAUGAGAGGGGAGCAGGCCUGGAUGGGGGUGGAUUUUACCAGCUGUGUGUGUGCUCUUUGAUGUUGGGUGAGCAGGCUGCCCUUUGCUGCCUGUUUGUCUGUCUGUCUGUUUCACUGCUCUCAGAUGUUCAUCGUUAGCAGCCCUUAGUUUCCAUUUGGCCCUGAAUGCAUCUUUUUUAGUUUAAACAGACACAGAGGAGUUCAGAGUGGAGUCUGUUAGUGAGUAAAGUUGACGCUUUAAACUGAGCGGUUAUUACCUUUUGGUUCAAAUUCACCUCCUUGUUCUUAUCUUCUCAUUUUGACAACAACGAAAUGUGAAAUCCUCUCUCCUCUUCUUUCUUGCUGUCUCCUCCUGUUUGAAGUUGUGAUUCUUGUUAGCUGUGAGUGUUUAUUAGCAGGCUGUGUAUUCACUUCAAAGUACGGUGCUCCAUUAAUUGCUUUAACUAACAGCAUUAUGUGAGGAAAGUUUGAUCUGUUUUCCAUUAGCACCCUGUUGUCUGUGUGUCUUCACUGCUGAGGUUGUAAACAAAAUUAGCCGUGGUGGUGGUCGAUUCAUCCACUAUGAGAAAAUCAGCUUUUCAGAUGUUUCAGUGAAGAUUUAAUCACCUUUUUGUUUUUAAUUAAAUGUUUUUUUUAAACAUCUAAAUUUGCUGAGAUGCUCACCAGAUUAAAUGCCUGUUUUCUGUUAUAUUGCCCGCUUGGGUCGCUUUCACACCAGAACUGUUUGGUCCACUUUAAACGGACCAGAGUUCGUUUCCUCAGAUAGUCUGCUUCGUUUGGGCAGGUGUGAAAGCUCAUCCUAACUGGUGCGGACCAAACAAGCGAACUCUGGUCCGCCUGAAAACGUGGGUCUGGGUUUGCUUACAAGUGAACCCUGGUUCGGUUCGUAUGCAGUGUGAAAGCUCACCGGACCAAACACAGGACCAAAUGUACGUAAUGAUGCUAUACGCAGUGCAUAUGCAGUGCAUCUUGGGUAGAGGAAGCAUGGCGUCCCUUGUUGCUAUGGCAACAAUGACCGCUGACAUUAGAAGUUGCUAGCUAGCUUAGCUCAAUUGUCUGAACAACAAUAACCCAUAAAUUCACAAUUUGGCAUAUUUAAACAAAGUCAAAUCACAACUACCAACAGUCACAGUCCUUAAACUCUGAGCUCAUAUGUUGUCACAUGUUAGAUCGUCAAAUUUAGAAAAAUAACAGGAUCAAUCCCCGACAAGCUACGAUAGCAUUAUAGGAACAGUUGUGUUCACUAACGUUGUAGCAUUUCAUAAAAUAAUGUGACGAAGCACGAUACGAGAUGGCUAGUCCACCCCUGUUUGUAAUCUGUAGGGGUUACAUACCCCUCCUACUUUGUCCACUUGACCAGCGCCCCUUUCAAUCACGUGAUGCUGCUCGGGAAGUUCGGUGCGCUUUAGAAAUCACAGUGUGAAAGCAGAACUGAAACAAGUGGUAAAUGCAACAAUGUUGCGACUUUCAGCUCCCCAAUCGAACCGAGUCCACUUGGUCAGGUGUGAAAGCGACCUUAGUGACCAUCAGUAAUUCACAACGCAUUAUGGGAAACUCCACAAUAAAAUGGUGUAUUCAUAAAUAGUAGACUGUAUAGUGAAUAGUGAGUGAUGUUGGACACAGCCCGUGAGUCUCUCCUCCUCUCUGUCUUGCUGUCUCUCGGUUGCUAUGGUUACCAGGGCUCUGUGAUUCUCCUACUUUUAACAGCUAUUAAAAGAACCAAAAAAGAUCAUUUGAAAUUGGAUGAUUUGUUUUUUCUUCCUGGUUUUGUUCACUAAUGUAUCUGGUUUGUCCUCCACUGCCUUUUCCUCACAUCCAUAGAAAUCUGGUUUAUGGCUCUAUGGACAUCGAGCAUCGUCUAUAUACUUGUAAAUGAUUCACAUCUGGUCCAAUCUGUUACACAAAUCCUGACACAAAAUAAGGGCACGUGGAGAAAUGUCCUUACUGUUACUACGAUGAAACUCAGAAAGUAUGAUUUAUAUCUAUCAUGCUCUCUUCAGUUUUUCUUUCUCGAGUCUGCUUCAUAUUGUCGUGACAGUCUUGAACAAUGUUGUUGCACAUUGGAUAUUUCUUAAGUUAUCAUUGCCCAAUAGCUGUUAUGAGGAAGCUGGUUCCUUCAGGGCGUGCUCCACACAAUCACUAAUGUCUUAUGUUGAAAUAAUUCUGGCUUAUCAAAUCACAGUUGGUGAUUUAGUCGUUCGAAAUGCAGAUGUAUAUUAUGCAAGAGAGGGUCACGUCCCUGUUGGCAGAGCUUGUUCCUUCAGAAGUUCAGACAUCAGACUUGAAGCUCUACGUUUUAUCUCAGCCUUGAUUCGAGCAGACAGGAAGGUCACUCUGCUGAUUGUACAUCACCCGAGGGGUCCACACAGUUUGAUCUACAAAAAGACCAAGGAUUUGAAGAAAAGGGAGUUUGGGUCUGAAGUUAAAACGUUUAGGAUGAGAUGUCGUGAUGGAACUUGCAGACAUCCUGUGGUUUGGACACAUGAGUCACUUCUGCUGUCAGAUAACAGAGAAGUGGGACGGUCAGGGCGUAUCGCGUGUGUGAUUCAGAGCCUGUGGUAUCAUAUCCUGGUACUUCACCAACAUGGCAGAGGACCAGUGGGGCACUCCUGCCAUCUGCCACACACACACACACACACACACACACACACACAGAAUCAUGUCUAAUUAAGUAGAGAGUUGCCGCUCAGAUAAAUCUCUCCUCAGGGCAUCAUAACACGCCUGUGGAGAGCUCACACUCUGAUCACACUGCAGACAUGAAGGUACAUCAGCCUGUUUAAGAUUACGGGUUAUUUUGUCAAUUAACUAAGGAGCUCUUUAAAGCCGAGCUUCAGUGAUGUUGUAACAUGAAUUUGAGAAAGAAACCCAGCUUAAUACUUUAAAUACAGACUGAACUGUGUUAGAUCACACAACUAAGACAUGCCAAUAAAAGAACAAGUAGAGACGAAGCUUUUGUGCCAGCGUGUCCGGGCUUUAAACUCUGUAGAGAUGGACCACGUGUUUCCAUGUGCAGAAAUAUUGUUGUCAUUACACAGUUGAGCUAAUCUGAUGAUGCACAGACAUUAAUGUCUCACCUUUUCUGCUUAUGAAAACACUGAAGGUCCCUCAGGUGGGUACAGUCCACAUCAGAACAGAAUCUGGUGCCGGUCCAAAUAGAAAGUUUAAUAACUCUUCUUGUGUUUGUUCGGCUUUGCUGAUCCUGAAAUGACAGUGCUGCAGGAGCCUCGUUUGUUAACUGAUCCGUCAGCCAUGAUAUUAGACAUGAAUCAGUAUGAUGAAAACCAACAGUGACAGAAACUACGUUUGUACAAGGUAAGAGAUGAGAGGUAUCACUUUGUCCACAGGGGGCGCCAAAACUAGGGAUGUGCGCGGUUAUUCGGAUAUUCAUUUUUACCGUCAUGUCUUAAUGAAAGUGUGCAUUAAACAAGCUAAAACGUGUGGAUCCUUUGCGUGCGACUCUCUUUGUGGAGUAAUUAUCGUCCAUUUAUCGUUAUCGAGGUGAACUGUUCAAUAUAUCGUGAUAUUGAUUUGAGUCCAUAUUGCCCAGCCCUAUGUCAUUGCAUAUAUUAGGAGUAAAGUUUGAUGUAAUUUUCAGUGUUGAUAAAUGGAUAUAGUUUGUGUGUAUUACAUGUGAGCGAUAUGGUGUGUUAUUACUGGAUCACUGGCAACAGGCUUGGUAGAAUAGUCUGACUGCAGCAGGGUGGAAAGACUCAUGUUGUCUAUUUAAAUGUAUCGUAAUCCUGUCUGUAUAUAUUUGUGUGGGUGUGGUCUAACAGCGGGAUCAUCUUCCCUCACUGUCACAGUUUUCUGUCCUGGUUGUGAAAAGACCCAUGUCAGCGUUCAGAGGAAGAGCAGCGACCUGUAGCAGUGUCACAGGACCUUCAGCUUCUGUUUGAAGGAUGCAGACAGCUUAUUGAUUUCUGUCUCGGCUAUAUCAGGGUGACAUUAUCAGCCAUCGACCUCCCACACUCCUUCUCCAUGUCUCCUCUCAUCAUCUCUCCAUCCUGGAACACUCACUUCACUCCUUCACCCUCCCCCUCUCUCAAUUUCUCUUUUUUCCUCUUUUAAUUUUUUCACCCUCCUCAUCCUGUCAAUGAAAUUUUGACUCAUGAGGAUUUGAUUAGCGCUCAUUAUUGAAUUCAUCUUCCUUUUUAAGGUGUCUUUAAAGGAAAAUUCCACCCAAUUCCAACAAAAUCCUACCUGCCCUUCUUCCUGCUGAGUGCAUUAAGUAAAAUUAGUGUUUGUUUGUUUGUUUGUGUGUGUUUAUGCCUCAGUGUGUGCACGUGUUUCACAUCCUGCACUGCGAGCUGAAGGUGAACUGAGAAUAUGCUGGCAGCAGCGUGUGUGUCUCUGUGUGUGUUUGAGUGUAGAAUAGCAAAGAGCUUUCAACAGUGAGUUACAGCCGUUUUCAAUUACCACAUAAACACACACACACGCAUACGCACACAUAGUAAACAAUGGUUACAGCUACACACUGUCAUUUCUAAUCUCUGCUGGUUGUGUAUGAAUAGCUCUAUGUGUGUGUGUGUGUUGGUUUGUGUGUCUGUCUGUGUACAGUCAAUGACAGGCUUUUCCCACACGAGGUGCUUUGACCUGAGUGAUAGCUGCACAAUUAAAUCACACACACAUACACAAAACACACUGCAGGCCGGGAGGGGACAUGAUGUCAUUGAGGGUUAUUCCCAUCUAGGGAUGUGCCGAUAUACAAUUGAAUCGUGAUAUGCCAUAUUAAAUGGCUGCUAUAAUGAUAUUACCCAACGGUAAGAAAAAACUUGGAUUAUUUCGCCUUGUUAUGUACUUUCAACCGUGCUCCUGUCAGGGAUGCAUUCAACGGCAUAACACCGGACCAAGAACAGUCAGACGUUUCUGCUAACUUUAGCUCCAAAAGCUAAUGCUCCCAACAUCACGUUAGCUGCAUCUUUCUCAUAUUGUUUGUGCGUGUCAUGCUGUGCACAGAGAAGUGAUUUCGCAGUUUUUUGCCAUUUUCAAUAACGUUAAAAGCAAUGCGCUAAUAUCGUGAUAAUAUCGUGAAUCUUGAUAUUUUGGGCCAUUGAUAUCGUGAUAUCAAAUUUUUCAUAUCAGCACAUGACUAGUCCCAUCACUGUGACACACUGUUUUAUAGUUUAUGAUGGUUACAGAUAUAAAAGUGUGUGUGUGUGUGGGGGGGGGGGGGGGGGGGGUUGAUUUCAGGGAAGUCUCACUCCUGACAGAAAAUAGCAGCCUCAGGUGAAGCUGGGCGUUGGCACACACACCCACACACCCACACACACACACAGUCACUUGCGAUACUUACCAACAAACAUAUUUCAGAAACACACACAUAUUACCACACAUAUGUGUAAACUGUGUGUCAUUUCUGGGUGUUAGCUGUGAGGAUGCAAGAGGCCGAGGAGACAGGAGGGAGUAAAGAAGUGAUCAGAAAAGAGUUGGAAUAAUGCUCUCGACUUAAAACAUCAGAAGACUGAUGAUACUGCUGUGAGUUCCUCUUUUCAGAGCAGCUGCAGAAGAUGCAAAUUCUUGACCCCCUCCUUGUUCAGAUUCUAUUACAGCUCAGAGUUGUGUUAAAUUUGUGGCAUCGUGAUUUGAGUUCAGACAUCGGACAAUAAUGCUGCACUCACUGUUUAUUGAACGUUUAAGUCUGUGCUCCAGCUUUUUCCUCUCAUAAAACUCCAGUAAUAUAGGAUGUAAAUAUGAGCUCAUAAUGGAAAUGUCUGUGUCUGUCAUUGGAGAUUACGGCUUCUUUUAUGAAAUCUUUGUAUUGAUAGUCAAGACCAGGGGAAGACCUUCACAGGAGCCAUGCUGAGAUGUUUUCCUUGAACCUUUUAAGUCAAGGGGAGCAGACAGUGCUGACAUCAGCUCCUGGACUCCCUGUGGUUUAUGGGAUAGUAAAGUUUGUCCAGAAAUCACCGGUCUUGAAAUCUGGUUCAUCUGGUACUUGAAACAUACACGGAGGAUCCACUCAGACAUGUUCAGUCUGCAGACUUUGGAGGAUCCAGAUCAGUAAGGCAGCCAGAAGGAGACUUGGAGGAGUGUGUGGAAAGUUUGCAGAGAAGGUGGAGGGAUGGAUGAACAUGAGUGGACAGGUAGAGAGAGAGGGGAAAGGCGAGAGAGAGAGAGAGAGAGAGAGAGAGAGGGGAUGAAGUGUUACGGAUGACUGCGAUUCAAAAGAGGGUGUGGACUCGAACACAGACGAGAAUAUCACAUCCUCAGGGGUUUGUUUUUUUUUGUAAAUAAAGUCUGAUUUUUAAAGACUGUGUUAACUUCACAAGCAGAGAAAUAAUAAUAUGUAAGAGACCAAUGACCAAACCAGAGACAGAGAGAUACACAAAUAGUAUGCAAAGAGGCAGAAAUAAACAAAAUCACAUGGAGGUCAGCUGACAUUUGUUUCCCCCUCUCUGCUCUGACAGGAACACACAGCAAGAAAGAGGGAGAUGAAAACAGAGGAGAAAAGAAAUGUGCAUCUUAGAAAAGUGUCAACCCAACCCUGAAAUAUCGAAAAACAUUGUUAAACUGAAUUAAACUCAAAACUACCGAGCACUUCAUGUCCUUUUCAAAAUAAAACACUACGUGUUUCAGGCGGGUCGUAUUUCACACCAUACAUACGUGGGCAGGGACAAACACGUCAGAGGUUUUCAGACUUCAUUUCACCAUGGAUGAGGAGAUGCUGAUUCUAGAUCUCUAGAAGAGGAUUUCCUCCUCUGGAAGGACACGAUCUACUGCUCAUAUAGUUACCUGGCUAUCUUUACAGAGACAACUCGUUAUCGCGCAAUUACACAUGAAUCCACGGGUUCUUGUGAGUUCUCGCAAUCCAAGCUGUCCGUAAUCCGUCACAGAAGUCGCCUCAAACAUGCAUCCGGUAGGAAUUAGCAGAUGGCGAAAAUCGCCACCGUUCCGCAGUGGAGCCGUUCAGGAUGCAAUGGAAUAUCAAAUUAAAAUGUAAAAAUUUGAUAUUUUUGUAGUAAAGUCAGAUGACCGUGAGGACCUCACUGUUUCUGUUCACCAUGAGUCACUCUGUCGUCCACUGACACAGAAGUAUCCUGAGACUACAGUGGAGUUUCUUUGCUUUAAGAGUUUGUGAGGAAUUUGCCGGUGAUGCUCCAUGUCUGUGGUUCUGCCUCCGACCUGUCUGCCUGAUGGUGGACACAGAGACGUGCUUCUGCUGCAAACGUGACGUUAUAUUGACCCGUUCUCACCGUGAGACCACAGCUAGAAAAAAGCCUGGAGAAUGGAGGAUAGAGAGGACGACUGGGCUCCUCAGCCUUUCUGCAGGAUUUAGCAUGUGGGCAGGUGUUUGUACACAUUGAAGGAUUAUCAUUUUACAUUGCUGUCAGUUCACAAAAUAUAGGCGUAAGUGGUGGUGGGAAAAAUGGACAAACAAAUAUAUCUCUGUUAUUUGUAAUUUUUCUUGUAUAUCCUACAAAAAAACUUGCUUUGUCACAUGGUACGUGUUUGCUAAAUGACUUGGCGAGGGUUUGCUGAGUGUGUUGUGCAGCUUUACUCGUCUUUUUUUUAGCGGUGGUCGUGCUUAUGGAGUCGCAAAGUUUUACAUACUGCUCAUACUCAUUUUUAUGUUCAUGAGUGGUGGAACAGAUUUCUUGCUGAGCUGCUCUUCAUAGCGACCGUUUUCGGCAUGUCUUACAGAUAACGUUAAUUUGACCAGUGUAGAUCUUGUCAAACCCGAACAGUUUCCAGGCUAGGGACAUGGACCCACAUUUCACUACCAAAUCAUCUGCUGGGAUGGGAAACUCCUGCAUAUUUCCUCCAUGUUGAGAGUAUGUUAUGCUUUGGUUGCCACUGAAUCACUGUCUGCUGAUUAGCUUCUGAAUGAGGACUGCGAAUGCACCGUCCGUUUGUUUUCUCUCCAAGACAGUAUGAAUACUCAAUUAUGUCAUGUAAAAUGGCACAUAUAUAUAUCGAUAUAUAUCCCACCACCAGGCAUAAGCCAUCUCAAAAGCUUCAACAUUUCAUGCACCAUAUGAAAAAUAUUGUAUAUAUAUCCAACUGUGACAUCUGCUGAGUCCUUUUCAUGCUGUGAUCUACCUCUGCUUGUACACCAUGGAGAAUCUCCCGCUGUGAGGGAUGUGCAAUAAAGGUAAACUCUGAAAAAAUUUCAGGGGCAGGCUUUCCUAAAGUUUUCCAGUAGUUGUCAGGAGUGCAUGUGAUGCUUGGGUAUCUCAGCUAGGCCUGGCUUCUGUGUGAGUGAAGAUGCAACUGUUUGCCUCCUCAUCAGACUUUCAUGAACAGCCGCUUCAGUCUAUCAAAGAGACAGUGAUUCAUGGCAACCUCAACAUCGGUUGGAAAGGACAGCAAAGCUGCUGGGAGUGAUGAGGCGGCCGUCAGUAUUAAAGAAAGAGAAGAUAGUGAGUUAUGUAAGAGUGAUAAGAGAAAAGAAAAGCUCCAACUCUCCUCUGUCUGUCUGUCUGUUUGUCUCUCUCCAUAAAAAGUUCAUUGUGUGGCAGAUAAAGGACUGAACAAACCAUUAACUUGAUGUUGACACACCCUACCUUUCCCCCCUCUCUCUCUGAGUGAACCAGAGCUGCUCAAACACCACCUUAAACAAACCAUCAGUCUGCUGUUUGAACAGUCUCAACCCCCAGCUCCCCCUCGCUCUCUGAGGGACUGUUACUCUGAAACAGAAAUGUGAGGGCACUGGAUGAAAAGAUUUUUUAUAAUGGGCCCAGACAUGGUAGACUGAUUCCAAUUAUUUCAAAAUCAGCCUGAUUGAUCAGACCAAUGAAUCAGUGGAUCUUAAUUUGUUAAACGUUCUUUCACAUUAAAACCUCGGUCUUGACGAUACCACACAUGUACUUGCAUGAACAAACUCAACCACUGAUGAAGCCCACAGUGCAGAGAAAAAGCUAGUUCUGAUAAUGCUCCCCACAAUCAUUAAGAUAUGCCAACCAAGACCAAACUCUUAAUGUGCCACCUGCGACGUCCUUUAUGUUUUAUAAAGUACAUCCGCCCUCUCUUCCAUAACAGCGAGGGUGCAGCCCUUCCCCUCUAACAGCCCUUACUUUCACUUUAUCAUAAGCAGCUUUGUGAGCUAAGCUUGGGAGCAAGAGGAAGUCGAGGCUCCCAUUGAGAUUAAUGGUGGCACAAGCAGUACAAACUGUAACAGGCAGCCACAGAUGGAGAGAGGAGAGCAGGGAGAGGAGCAGGAGGAGAGAAGAACAGGAGGAGGGGGAGAGAGGAGAGCAAGGAGAGGAGCAGGAGGAGGAGAGCAGGAUCUGAAUAAUAAUAAUCCAUCAUAAUCCAAAUAGUUGUGGUUAUAAUUGUUUGCUAUAAUUGAGAGCUUAAAACAAAAUCAGAGGUAAUUAGGGGUGGACAAUAUGAAAAAAAUUUCAUAUCACGAUUUUUUUUGGCAAAAUCACGAUUUUUAUCAUGGGGGGGGGUCAAAAAUAGAAAUAAUAUACACUACAGGCCAAAGGUUGGAAGCAAAAUCAGAUUUGUACUAUUGUGUAAAGAAUAACAACUUAUCAGAAGACAUUUUGACUAUAAUUAUUAUGUAUUUGAGUUAUUGUUGCUUAGACUUUAACCUCCUCUGGCUUUAACAACAGCUUGGCAUAUAUCAGGCAUUCAUUCCACAAGUUUUUUAAGGUCUGUUCCAGGGAUUGCAUUCCAAGCUUUCUUAAGUUCAUUAAAAAGAGACGCUGAUUCAUGGGACGCCUUUUUCUGACCAAUCGAUCCAAUUCAUCCCGCACAAGCUUAAUUGGAGAAAGGUCUGGAGACUGAGGGGGCCAAACCACCUUUUGAAGAACACCUUCCUCUUCUUUUUUGUCUAGGUAACCCUGACAGAGCUUGGCAGACUGCUUAGGGUCAUUGUCUUGCUGCAAAACAAACUUAUGAGCCACAAGUCUGAGUCCAGAUGGAAGAGCAUGGUGCUGGAGGAUGGAGUGGUACUGUUCCUUCUUCAUGAUACCCUAUACCUGACCUCCUAACAAUGAUUAAAAACAGCUGUUGAAAACUAUUAACGUAAACAAUGAUGCUGUUAUUUUUCGUGCUGAUAAAGAACCUGCACCCCCUUCAGGCGUCACAAACAGACAGAAAGGUUUCCUCUCAGUUGAAGUGAAAGCUCCACAGUUAUCUUCUGCAUUCUUAUCGUCAGGUCUCAAACUGGUUUCAGAGGAAUUUUUACUGUCAGAUUCUUUGAAUGAAAACCACCUCUGCUCACUGACACUCAGUGAUUUACGAGGAAGGGGUCCUCAAUAUCCCAUAACUCACACAGCAAAGUCUUUCCUUUCUGCAAACACUUAGUCAAGUUAAACUGAAAUCGCUGAAUGAGCCUAAAGGGUCUGUUUCUUACCUAACUUACCCUGUUUCUAAACAGUGAUUGACAAAAAGAGGCGGUGAAGGAGAUUUAUUUAUUUCUCAGGAGGACAUGCGGCAGUAUUUCAGCAGAGUGAAGUCUUAUCAGCUGUUUGGCUGACACACUGUGUGGUUAGCAGGUGUGUUUUGGGGCAUUUUCCUACAUUAGAGCCUCUACAGAUUUAUGCAGAGUCAUUUGAGGCUUGUUUCAGCAGAGGCUUUUAAAGCUGCUUCCACACACACAAUCUCAAAAUAGCUCAGAGUAAGAAACGAGCUGAUUGGUCUAAUAAGCCGGGUCCUAAUGAAAGACUGGAACUCUCUGGAACGUGUUGAACCCAAACUGCAUCAAAAUCAUCGCACAAGCCCUUAAACAACAUCCAGGCACAUGUUUUUUUACCUAAAAAAAGAGGCGCUCUCCACUCCUCCGUCUCAUGUUUCCUUUAUUCAGCUAUAAAACCAGUUUGCUGGGAUUUGUGCUUCGACUCUGUUUCCACUGAAAAACAGUUCUGCAUCAUGUACACAUAUCUCAUAUCUUGAGUUUCCUGAUUAUCGGUACGAUAACAAACCCACAGCAUUUAUUUGGAAGUCAGCUGCAUGCGUGGUUGCAGGUGCGAAACAAUGACCAAAUGCUGCUGUCAGUCAUAAAAAUUCAGUCAUCACUCUUUUCCAGCUGAAAGGCCCUGAAAGACUCUCAGAAAAACAUGCUGCUUUUAAAACUGUUCACUGACUGAAAAAAAAAGGAAAACAGGAUUUUUCAGCUACAACUCAGUCUUGAUGUUGUAAAAACCCUCAUGCGCUCACAUACUGUUCAUACCAGCACACAGGAGGGACCUGGGUCGGGUUUUUCAGGCUGUUUCCAGAGUUAAAGAUCUUUCCCUGCUGAAUGUUGAAAUGCAAAGCACUUCUUGGAAACAUUCACACGACUUUACGGGUUUCAUUUGAUAAGAUUUACAUAUUUAUCAGGAAAUGUAAAGUUUUUGUCCACAUCAAUGGAACCAAACUCGUUGUCAGUAAAGUAUUUGGCAAAGGUGGAGGACCUGCAGGUUUUAUUUUAGCUAUUGAAAAGGAGCUGUAAUCCCAAAGGUUGAUUUUCUGUUUUUUAUUUUUGCAGAAAGACUGAUAAAACAGUUUUCCCUGUAUUGUGCAGCCUAUAGGGGUGGUUCUUGGAGGUUUGAAUUCCUGCUGCACUGCUCUGUGUGAACAUAAAUGUGAGCUGAGUUUACCUGAGACACUUUCACUCUCACUGUUGACACCCUCACCUGUUUGAGGAGGAGGUGGUGCCCCUCAGAGCAGGACAAGGAUUACACGGGGAGUCCGUCUCCUGGUUUUAGAUCACAGAUCACUUCACUAAGUAACUUGUUUACCCUCCAUCGUGGCUGCAUCAGUUAUAGGGCCUGUAAAUCUCACUGUGGGCACACUCAAAAAAAUGCAUAUAAAUGCAUGUUUAAACUGGUUAUGAUGAUUGCUUUACCCAAAUAUGGGCAGGUCUGUGUUGUAUAGUGUUCAGAGUAGGGCUGAUUUUUUUUUCUCUGAAAACUCAAUUUUAGAUUUAGAUUUUGAUUUCGUGGCAACUUCACUUUAAAAAUAAAAAGGUUUCUCUAUAAUCUCUCACAACGAAACCACGAAAAACGAUGUAGUGCGUAUGCCAAGCCAGUAAGUGGCACUGUACUGCUGCACAGGAAAUGCACAAAUAUCAGAAGAAGAGUACAGAGCAUGCAUAUAAAGUUAUUUUGGCCGGAAACACACAGGAAACAUAAUAAAGUUACGCUGUAAUCGUUUUAAGAGAUGCAGAUAGUCAUCCACACACAGAUGAAAUGGUAGUUGUUUAUGGAUUUAGGCACUCUCAGACCCGUUUUUAAAAAUUAGCAUUUACAGUCACCCAUUUCCUUGUGGCUGAAACGCCAAUACAACAAAAAACUUGGCCCUUUUAGCUCAGAAUUAUCGCCUUCUUUAGCGAAGGCCAUGUUUGUUCACACUGGUGCAUGUGAGAACUGGGUAGCGCUCCCAUAGGAAGAGGGAGCCGACGGUGGCCUGGAGGUGCAAGAAAUGAUAGAGAGGAAAACCGAUUUGACGAUUUUAAUUUUUUUAACAUCGUCAUAAUCAAAUAAUCUGAUUACAAUUUAAAAUUGAUUGAUAAUGUGGUUUAACCUCCAUGCAGCAGUUACAAGUCUAAACCUCCCUCUGAAUAGGCAGAAACCUCGAGCGGAACCAGAUUCAUGCUGAGAAGCCAUCUACAAAGAGUGAGAGAGUGAAUCGAAGGAGAGGGGAAAGAGGGAGAUGAACAGAGACAAACAGACGUAAACACGGCUAAUACUGACUGAUGGAGACAACAGCAGGAUUAACAGUAAAGAAAUGUCUGAUAUUAGCAAUGAAACCUGCAGUGAUUCAACAUGAGUGUGUCUGUGAGGGUGAAAAAUGAUCGCAGGGCGCAGCAUGAACUUGACUUUACAGCCUGUCUGUCUGAGUGAUUAGAUAAAGUGUGAACCUGCUCACAGGCUGACUGACUUGAUGACUUAAUGGCUGAAUAAGGUCUUUGUAGUCAGUCAGGAUGAGCAGGAAGGUCAGCAGAUCAGUGUUCUUCAGCGAGGUGUCACGCAAACCCGUCCUCAUCCUCGGCUCUCAGUCUGGCGCGUUUUUUUCUCUGUCGGUCAGUAGAGCAAGGCUGGAUUAUCGUGGCAGGAUUAGACACCGCAGGCAGGUGACUAUGCGCGCGCACACACACAACCACACACACACAGAGGCUGCAGUAACCGUAUACCUGGUGGUGCUGUCUGGUUGACUAAGCAGAUAGGAUAACAGCUCUGUAUGUCUCCUAUACAUGGAGAGCUUUGUGAAUAGAGUUCAGUGUGUCAGAGCAGGUGGAGCGUGAAGACUCUUUCCACUCCUCAUGAGGGAGAUUUAGCUCAGCACCAGAGCUGGCCUGCUGGAGCAAACCAAAAGUCUGAAAAACAAGACGGCACUGUAGUAUUUUCUGUUAAGGGUGCAAAGCUACUGUGAUCCAGCUCUCUGCUGCAGGUUUGUGCUGAGGUGUGGGUCUCUUAGCUGUUUAUUUUUGGAGUUUAAUCAUCUUAAAAGCAUCACAAACAAACUCUUAAAUCUCUGUUUCACUUCUUUGUUGUCAUCAGCGUGACUCACUACCUUCACUUACUCUCUUUGACACUCGGCCAUCGCUGCUCUCUCUCUUACUUGUGGCAAUUUAAGGUUAAAAAUCUGAUUUUAAACCUGUAAAUGAAAUAUUAAAGCUUCCACUGAUUAGAAAAUAUCAGAGCCAGUGAACCACAAACUGAUCAAAUACUCUCCUCUACCUCUUUUGACAUUUUGGAGCCGGUCCCAAAGAACACUUCAUUAAGCCAAAGACCUGAGCGCCCCCCUCAGACUCUCCUGUCUGGUUCAUUUCUUUUUCCACCUCUGAGAGUACACGACUGUUUUCCUUGCAGCAGUCUCACCAUCAGUGACCCUAAUUUAGGGAUCCACUACCCUAAAGCUUUCUGUAAGGGGUCUACCGAGGACCCUGAUUCUCAGUGUGUCUGCAGUGGUUUCAGCUCUGCCUGCAGUAAAACUGCUGCUGUAGUGUUUUGUCUGUGAGUGAGUGAGACAUUCCUGGCAGCCACAACAAAUCCUGACAGAAUUUAAGGUUUGGGCGAGGAGCAGAGGGAACAAGAGGAGCUGAACAGACUGAACCGAGCUGCAGCAACAGAGAGUUAGGAGGUACCAGGGUCGGUUUGUGGAUCAGGACUGUUGAUCAGAGUGACCUUCAGUGACUGUUUGAGGAACAUGAACGUCUUAUCUGUGAUAAUAAAUGGAAGGAAGCGCAGUUAUGAUAGUACCCUACAAACAGCAGCAUGUCCAGUCUGGUCCUCAGUUUUGGAGUUUAUUUCUCAUCCUGUAUCUUCAGUCAGAGGUUUCUUACUUAUGUUUUUUUUUUUUUGGGUGAUUUCUGCAGCAUUUCUUUGUUGGAUUCUUUCAAAAUCAUCUGAACUUUUGCUGGUAUUUAAAAAAAAAAGUUCCUUCCAAGUUUAACAUCCUGGAAAAUCUUUUCACUAGCUACGUUUACAUGGAGCCAAAUAUUCCGAAUAUAAUCGGAUUAGAAGCCCAAUCGGAAUGAAAAUGCUCCAUAUAAACACCUCAUUCGGAAUAAACAGGCCCAUUCCGAAUGGAAUUUCAUUCCGAUUCACAGGGGUAGAAUUUUCCUUUUCCCAUUCCGAUUAAAAGCAAAAUCCUGUCAUGUAAACGGUGAAUCGGAAAGUUGUCAGGCUGGGUUCUGUCUGCGCAUGCUCUGUCCUGAUGUAAACAAGCAGUGACGUAUGACUCACAUGGAAACAUGAUGGCGGCUUCCAAGCAGAGCACGAUGCACUGGUCUGCGUCGGAGAUCACGUGAUCAAUCAAUCACGUGAUGUUUGAAGGUAUCACGUGUCUGUAAAUAGCUGUUCCGAUUGAAUGCCGUGGCACAUGUAAACACCAGAUCAGAAUAGAUCGCUUCCAUGUAAACAGUUCGCCUGGGAGCUUCAAUCGGAAUGAUUAUAAUCCGAAUGAGAAAAAAGUCUGCAUGUAAACGUGGCUAUAGACAAUCUUUAAACCCAUCAGUUUUUACCUGAAGACAAAAAAAUCACAUAUUCUCCCGUGUCAGCCCAACUCUCUGAAAAACUGAUUCUGAAUAUUUUGACUUCCUUUUCUGUCCUCCUUUAAAUGGUCGUUUUUUAGGGUCUGACUUAUACCUUGGUGUUUAUGAGGGAGACAUCUUCAAGAUUGGUUUAUAAUCUGCAUUUUCAUAAAGAUAUCUGUUUGUAGAAGUUACAAGAAGGCCUGUGAUGUCUCGUAAAGUGAAAACGUAUUUGUUGACGAAGUAACUUUGAUGUGAGGCAGUAGAGAAAGUUUAAUAAGAUAAUCUCUUCCCCAAAACUCGGACAUAAACUCUUACUUAAUAUUGUGAAAUAUGACUGUGUGGACUCAGGAUGUUGACUUAUUUGUUGUUGAAAUGGAUUAGUCUAGAGGUCAAAAUUGAGCUUAAUUGAUUGAAGAGAUCGGUCAGAUUACAUCACCUACACUCUUUACUGACUGUUUCUCUUCGUGCACCCAAAGCCUUUCUGAAUGCAUUCCUCCAUACUCCCCUGCAUGUAAACUCACUGCUUAAAGAAACCACAGCAUCUCUAUUUCCAACCUGUCAGAGUCUGCAGCCACGUGCAGCAGAAAAAGGUUACAGGACUGAAGACUGUACAGGCUGCCCUGAACCAGCACAAGGUUAUUGAGCUGAAACGUGCUCUCCUGACUCCUGAACGGUUCAGGCUGAAACCAAAUACAAACAUGAAACUGUAAGAACAGAGAGAGAGAGAGAGAGAGAGAGAGACAUGCAUUUACAGAAACAUGGUGAAUGUCAGUCUGGGUGAACGAGAGGAACAAGAGAUUUGAUUCCCUACAAGUCCAGGCAGAUUUAUGCAGGAGACCAUUUUCAACGCUGGGAUUUUCUGGAAGAUUAAUACGAGUAAAAACCUCUUGCAUAAGACGAGCUUUUGGGAAGAUUACAUUAGAAUAUGAAUGCUUUUGAUUCCACUCUCACACAAAACGAUAGGACAGUAAUGUGACCCACUGCCUCCAAUUUACUGUCACUUAAUGUCUGAUUAUUGAACCACUUGAUGAUUUCAGUCCCAAAAAUGCUGCCAAGUUUAGAGCUCCUUUUCAUUUUGGAGAACCAAGUUUACUCUCUGUUUAAACCACAACCUCAGAUUUCCUGUAGGGAUCAAUAAUGGUAUCAGAGUGCGGUCUAUUUCAGCUCCCUCGGUCUAUCCCAGGCUCCCUGUUUGUUGUUCAGUGGAGGCAUUCAGCCGGUCACCUGCAGUAUUUCAUCACGCAGUGCUAAAUCCCUGCAGCCAGUAAACCUGUCAGCCCCACGCUGUGUGCACGCCCGGCUAGCUGUGAAGCAGAGGCCGGGCUAACGGCUUUAGCCGUGUUGAGCUAAGAGGCUAAUGCCACGGUGUUAGGGGUUAAAUCUGCAUGAUCUGCCCCUUAGUGGACCGGCAGAGACAGAGGACAGGCGGGUGAGCGGGUUCAAGAAAAUAAAGAGGGAGAAAGUUGGACUGAGCCCUCCGGUCCAGCAGGGCUUUCCUGCUUUUUUAAUUGAAUAAGCAGAAGAGCGAAGCAGCAGCUGUUGUCUCAGAUGUAACCUGAGGUCAGAGCCUGCAGCAUGAAUCAGCCUGAGAUUACAUAAUCAAUCAGCUGCAGACAGAGGAGGCGCAGGAGAAGCUUUUACCCCUCAACAACAACAAGGAGAUGCUCUUGAAUCCUGCAGGACAAAUAAAGAAAACUCGGCUUUCCCAUUAUUCUGAGCUGUUGGAGAAAUUUUUGCAAAGACAUAAAAGUGGGGUAGACAGGAAUCCGUUAAAGAAGUAUCUUAUUUUGUGGUCUUUAUACAAAAAGCCUUUAAUAUCAGUCAAUAGGUAUUAGUCAUUGAUGACAUUUAAGAAUGUAAUGAUAUCACUUUGUUUUGUUUUGUCUGUGUAGUCAACAUUUUAACAUUUCUGAGCGCCCCGCUCUUUCUGACUGUAAACAAAGCCGUUCUCCACCUCCCCCGACCUGAUUGGUUGUGAGGCGGACGAUGCUCCUUAGUGCUGAUUGGUUGUGAGGAAGACCCUGCUCCCUCGUGUCUUGAGGCACGCCCCACAUCCCUGAAUAACAUGCACGAGCCCAAACAAAGUUAGCGAGCUACAAUAUCGGACAGUAGAAACCAACUAGAAAGUACAGAAAAUUGUCUGAAUCCUCCUUUGACCACGACUGCCGACACAAGCAAGAAAACGAAGUAAAUACUGGAGACUCUGACGGAAUAACGUCAGAGUCAAUUACAAAGGAGGUAGAGCGGACAAGAGCUAAAAACAGGGUCAACAUCAAUGAAGCAUAAACAAUGGGGGACGCUUGGGGAUCUUGGUGACCCUGUAACCUUUCUGCUGGACAGGUAAACCGCUUUAACAAAGUAAGACAAGUGUCUGUAACAGAAGUGUUUCUUGUCAAACGGGACCUGCUGCCUGUUGUAUCACCGCUAAACUGUUGACCUCGGGUCCUGGAGUAUGUCACUUUAUCCUAGUUGUAGAAGUCCUGCAAACAUUGUGUUUGCUGGUAGUCUGUUGGCAUCUACAGUAGCACCAAUGCUUUUGACUUUCACGUUGACUGGGCCCCAUUUGUAAUUAUCUGAAAUAUUUAUCUGCAUUAUAUUUUUAUCUGCAGUUUAAUUGGAACAAUAUGAGCGAGCAGGUGCGUUUGUGGGCGGGGCUUGCUUGAGGAAGGAUGGAGGGGAAAGGAGGAGCUGAGGGGAAAACUGGUUGGGAGGGGUAGUGUUUAAAUUCAAGAUUUCUCCCAGAAACUGGCACUUCCUCAGAUCCUGACUACCCCACCUUUUAAAGCAAAAGUGAUUUUUAUUAGAGUGACGGUGCAGAUUCCUUGUUUUUUUUCUAUGAAAUGUUGGACAAAUUCAGUCUUACCUCCAGAGGCUAUAGCUGUAUAACUCGGGCUGCAUGUGUUGAUGCUCAGAUCAAGGCAGUGAAAGUGAAGCAGAGGACUCGUAGGUUUAAUGUGAGACUGUUGGAUGGAUCUCACAGAGACAAAAGGGAGCAUGUUUUGAUGGUUUGAAUUGCUGCUGCUGUUUGUUAAUAUUUCUUCCUUCUCGACCAGUUUGUUUCUUUUUUACCUUGACGUGUUUCGGCUGCAAACUUCCUUGUGUGAUGUUGCUGUGACGUUGUCUGAUUCAUAAAUCACCUGUGAAAAUCAGCUGGUACACAACGUUCAGACCAAAUGGACCUUUCUGGACCGAUCCCUGCUGUUGUUUACUUCCUCACAUUUGCUCUGCCUCUACACUGCCUCUGCUGCUGACAUUCACACUCUGCACCUCACCAGAGACAACAGACAAACACAUAAUCGAGUACAGUGAUCAAUAAAUGAUCAGGUUUCAGCAGUAAACGUGUGCAUUCACUGCUCAGAUUAUUCUUAAUCCUGGUUGAAAGUCCUCCAGACUAAUAAAAUGAUCCAGUCUUAGGUGACCUUGGAGCUUAGACCAGGAAGAGGAAUCUGAGGAAUGAGGUUCAGAAUUUGUCCCUGAGACUGAAGGUUUCGAUUCAGAUUAUUAACCAGUCCUGUAGUUUUUAUGGAGGAGAAACAGUCUGUAAGAGCAAAAUCAGGCAAACACAGUCCACCAGGACACCUCAUCCUGAAACACAGGAAGAAGUUGCUGCUCCGUGCGAUGAAACGAGAAAAAAAAAGCAGCUUUUACUCUUUAGACACGUGAAGGAGCGAUGAUUUCUCACUAUGACCAGUUUGAAGCUGCAUUAAAUUGUUGUAUUCAAACAGGUGACACUCUCUCUAAACAGGAUUCAUGGUUCAAUGUAUAAUCACCGCUGAACGCUGAGAUGAGCUCAGAGGAAAAGCUGCAGCCUAAUGAAGAAUUUCUCACAGCUGCACACCAGCCGUGUCAGCCUGCUUGUUUUUUUCCGGUGUUUCCUUCUGUUUUUGCAUGUUUAUGUUCAGCCUGAGAGAAACAGCAUCUGUCCUCAUGUGAAACCCAGAGACGCCAAAAAUAACUGCAGCUCCUCAGCUCGCUGCCGGCUGCUGUUACACGUUUCAGAGCUGCUGCUGCUGCUUCUGCUGCUGCUGUCGUUCAGAGGAAUCCAGAUCUCAAACUCGGAGCAUAAUCCUGCUUUCACUGACAUUCAUCACAACACAAAGUUCACACGUACAGCUAAGACAUUUCUGCGUUGACUGGUAAUACUAACCUUUGACCCCAGGUUUAGGCUGUAAUCUGGCCUGAACUGAUUUCUCAGCACCUCCUGGAUUAAACGGCAGUCAAACAUUUUUAAACUUUUUAUAACUUCCUCUCCUUUGUGAAUUUUUUUUCACUUCCUCUUGUUUUCACUCUCUUUUUCUCUUCAUGUGGUAACUUGAUGGUCUUAAAUUUUCUCCUUUUUUUGUCUUUCUUUCCUUUUCUGUGUCAUAUGUGUUGAGUUUGCUCUGUAUCCAAAGAUUCCCACGCUGUGCAGAGAAAUACCUGACAGGUUUAGCUCUAAUGCUCCUGUAAUAGCUCCGUCUCCCUCAUUAAGGUCAUAAGCUCUUUAGGAUUAUUGGCACGAGAUGUGUUUUGUUUUAGUUCUGGGUUUAACGCCUCAGUAAAACUCAGGGGAUCUGUAUUUUUUAUAUGAGUUUAACGUCACUACUGUUCUCUGUGUUUGCUGCAGGCCAGCUAUCCUACAUGGGAGGACUUUGUGACCAAAGGGGCCAAGCUACAGUCACAGCUCAGGUAAAACACACACUCCAAACACACACACACAUGCACGUGUUCAGUCUAAUGAGUAAAUAGGUUUCCCGCUUUGACCAACGGGUCAUACAACUCCUGGCUGCUCCUGCUUACUAGAACUGUAAUGAGAAUAUACCUGAGUAAAGCCAAUUUGAUAAGUGAUGCAGUUUCACCUGUAGAGCAACCAGCCCAGAAUAAAGCUGUCACCUGACUGCAUGUCAGACUUCAGUUUAAAUGGCAUCGUUUGAGGUGUGGUUACCUGCUAAGUUGAGUUAAGUGUUUAAAUUUCCACUGUUACUAAGUGACGACUCUCAGUCUCAUUUUCACCUUUUCCUCUGUCAGUCUGGGACACCUGUGGAGAAGCUCUGUAUGAUUUGAAGCUCAGAAAAGUCCAUAUUUAUCUUGCACCAUCAGUAUGUUCACGUCGGUCAGAAAAUUAGCAUUUGCAUUUGUCUGAAACUGGACUUUUAAAACUCAUGCAAACAUUUUAGUCCAGUUAAAUUGUCUAAUCAAGAAAUAAACCGAGUCGGGCUUUACUGUGCAUGUAAACAGAGAGUGUUAAAACCUUUAAUGUGGUGCCGUUCAGCCCCUGAACUCCUCAUUAAGGCUGUUUUCACACAGCCGGUGGGUGUUACUUUUUACACAGCUCUGCAGUCAUGAAACUAGGGCUGGAAUCAACCAAAUAAAUUCUUCAUGAACUAAAACCCUGAAAUUUUCAACCAAAAAUCGACUGAUAUCAACACAAGAAGGCAAUUAAACACAAAUAAUGUAUGUAGCAAAAUUCUGAACAUUGAUUAAUGUGGACGCUCUUUAAUCUCCCUGUUUCCAGCUGGUCUCCAGUGGGUUGAGUGAAUCCAAAAUGGUGAAAACAAGGGGGGUGUUCUGAGACAAGCUGUUACCUGUGAAACGAGGGUGCCCUGAAAACUCCCCCAUUAGCACGUGGUAUGUUCCUUCUGAUGAAAUAAAUCAUAGACUGUAAAUUGACGCAGAAAAAAAUCGAGUCGACUGAUUAGAAUUUUGAUCGAUUCAGCACCUAUCGACCAAUAAGUCAACUAGUCGACCAAAACUUUACAGCCCUACAUGAAAACAUCUCAGGUGCACCCUCUAAACUCCCGAUUUAACCGUGUCAGCCCAUGAUCUCUGUAGUUCUUAAAGCUGCUGUUUCUGAGCUUCAUGAAGGUCUUUUAUAGACAAACAGCUUUAGCUUUUAUUAUUAUAUGCAUGUACUAGAGCACAGAUCACUGUAUUAGGUCUCCUUUAAAAUGAUGACGACUUCAGUGUUGGUAACAUGCUGUCAGAGCGAUAAAAACAUCAUCAGGGUUGAUGUAAAAACAUUUUAAUAUGCUGAGGUUUAUUUGGCCCCUGCACUGAUUUCUCUAAUGGAAACAAAUACAUUACACAGCACAGGUAUGAAUACAGUACUGUUGUGUAGUUUAAACAGUCCCAGUGGGAAAGGCUGCCUGACGUCAAGCAGUGAAAAUGCUCCAGAAAACAGUAACACGCUGAAAACCGGAACAUUCUUUUAGGACCGUUUCAAGUCCUCGGACCCUCUCUGCAGCAGAACAGAGCUGUGUUGGUGGUCCUCCAGUCAGCUUCUCAAAACAAAGACCACGCUGACUGUUAUCUUCUUCCCUUUCUGGUCAUAAAUCACCACAUCCAAAAACUCAAUUCCUUUAAAUAAGCUUGCACUACAUAGAGCAUCCCCCUGUAUGUGUGGAAGCUGCCUCUUCCAAAAGCUGCAAAAUGCACCAAAAUUUCACCUCUGCACCAUCAGAAGAGUUUCCUAUCAUAAUGAAACUGAGCUACAAGCAUUAUAGUCCAUCAGUAAGUCCUGAAGCCCUGGAUUUUACCAUGAUCUGUGGUCUGUUUUUGCAGUCUUAGUUUGCUUUUAGUGUAUCGCUGCAUGCUUGUCAUAAAGUUUAUUUUUGGUGCUUAAACUCUGAUGUUCCCCCGCUCCCUCCGCACCCUCACAGUUGGACAUGACAGCGACAAAAACCUUUAAAACUUUACAGGAAUGCCGCAUGUACCCCGACUCUGAUUCUGUCUCUUUCAAACACACACAGACACACACUCGAACCCUGCAGCUUGCUCUGUAUAAUAACAGUGUAAUGGCUUUGUCUCCCUGUGGACCAGUUUACUUUGAUAAGCAUCAUUCUGCCUGCUGCAGCCAGUCACAGCUCAUUAUCCCUGCCAGUCAGCCAGCUUCACCCACACACACACACAGACACACACACUCAUAGUAAUACACAAGCACAAGUGGGGCAUCUACACUGUUUAAUGCAGCCCAUAAGAUCUGAUGUGGAUAAUUAGCAAACAACUCAGACUGUUAGCUCUGCAGUUUUGUUUGUUUAUUGGAAUCCGCCGGUGUGUUUCGAGUACAGAUUCAGUUCAGAUUUAUCAACCAUAAGUUUCUAGACUUUAGUACAAACCUCCCUGUGCCGUUACAUCCAAAAUUUACAAAAAAACUAAACAGUUCGAUGGAGUUUUUCAUCACUCACCGAGGAGCUACUUUGACCUACGGCGGAACAGGGAAGUAUUUUAUUGAGUUUACCAUGUCGAUAAAUCUUCAAGCUGACAGGACCUACUACAUAUCUUACAAGGAUACAGGAUCCUUGUAAGAUACAGAACAUAAAGUCAGAUAUGUAACGAGAGAUUUGAAUAAAAAAAAAAAUCUAUUAAUAUUUGUGUGACUGAACGGCUGCUGGUCAAGUAUCAUUUUAAAUGAAUUGUAUGUCCAGGAAACUCUGCAGCAAGUAAAGCCCAGCCUCCACUUGAAGCUAAAAUUAAACCAUCAUUAAUAAAUAACCGCCUGUUUUAAAGGAUCAAUAGCUCACGGUCUAAAGUGCAGUGGGAGGAGCUUGCAGGAAGCAGCCCUGGUCCUGAGAGUGGCGAGAUGAGGAGACGUGUCUUUUACUGUGUAAUAGCGCAGCUUUGGUGCAUCAUUUCUGUGCAUCACACUAUCUCCAUACUGCACUCACAGAAAAGCAGGAAAAUCCAGCUUCAUUGAUCAGUUAUGGACUUCAGACCGGCUUUAUCUUUGGCAGUCACAAAAUGUGCAGCUGUAGAUAGAAGAGUUCCACGAAUGUGUCCGACCGCAAUUUAUUUAAAGACCAACGAGCACGUGAACGGAUCCGUGCAAGCUUUCUAUAUGAGGAAUAAAAAGAGUUGUGGUGCUUCUCUUAUGCACCUGUUGGGGUGGUGUGUGUGUAUCCUGCAGACAGACUCAAUAAAUCAUGAGUUUAUACAGUUAAUAAAAGAUGCUACAGCAUAUAUUUACUGAUAAAAUAACAGCAGUGUAUCAGACAAAGAGAAGGCUUUGCAUCUCUGCAGCACCAUGCUCCUGCAAGAUUUUCUAUCAGCUACACACAGUGGCUUUGGUGUGAGGUGCAAAAAGAGGUUUUUGUUGAUUUGAGGUUAUUUAGGUGAAAUUAAUUAGGUAACACCUGUGAACUGGGCAUGUUAGCUUGUGUUUUAGCUUAAAAUAAAAGAACAAAUGCAUGUUCUUAAACUUCUGGACUCUGACUUUACAUUCCAGGGCUUGACACUAACUUUUUUCAUAAGGAGAUGCUCACAUGCUGCUCUUAAGUUGAAAAAUUAAGGAGCAUACAAAGAACUUGAGGGGCACAAUGAAAAUAGAUCAAAUAAUGUGUCUUAUUGGUCGACCUUAGUACUAUUAUUUGAAAUCAAUUUUCGGUCAAUUGGUCACAUACAAUGGAAGCUAUUAAAAAAAUGUUCAAAAUGUGCCUUUAAAUUUAACAAACAUUUUCAGAGGACAAAAUGGUGAAAUAAAGAGGUGUGUCUUAUCGUCUGACCUUAGUACUAUUAUUUGAAAUCAAUUGUAGGUCAAUUGGUCACAUGACAUGGAAGCUAUUGAAGGGAAACAGCCUUCUUUAGAACACCAACUGGUAAUUUAGUGAUGGUCCCUUAUUCAACACCCGACGUUAACAGCGAGGGUGCCGAAGAGAUUCAACCGCGCUGCUGUAGCUAUUCCCAGUUAUCGAGAGACAUCGGUAGAUCCACCGAGAAUGUCCGCCAGAUAUCCAACCUAAAACUAACUUCACCACGGUAUUUACAUAAAUUAACAUUUGUUGCCUCAGCUGAUUUUUUUUUUAUGGCACAUUUGCCCCUAAAUACCUUUUACAAUUCGCACACAUCUAUUUUUAGUCACAAAUGUGAGUGAAACGGUCGCACCGUCGAGCCCUGCAUUCAAAAGGACUACUCUUGUUUCUGACGUGCCUGCUGCCAUUGAUAAUCAACGUCUUAUUAAGAAGACAUGACAGCAUACAUGUGGAGCUUGAUGCUGGUUGUCGGUCAUGGCUGAAAACAGAAGAUAGAUGAAGAAGAAGUAGCAGACUGCUAGUGAGCUAGCUUUAUAUUGUAAUGGGAUAUUUUCUAGUUUGAUGAUAUCGUCAUGGUGAUAUUUUAUGGCCUUGUUAAUCUGACUCAGCAACUAAUUUCAGAUACCUUAAAAGGGUUUUUGCAGGACUGAUCAGUUUUUGCUCUGACCCUCCUUUGUGGGGUUUCAUAUGAAACCUACCUGAACCCGAGAGCAGUGAGUGUCAGCUGAACAAAGACAUGCCGAGAGCUUCUGUCAGGCCUCUCUGGGGUUUUUAGAGUCCAGUCAAGGACUGUGGGUCCUUAGUGUUCAGACUGUGAACAUAUCUGUGCACCCUGAUUUCCACAGUGGGGUUUUUUUAUCCGACUUUUAGGGUUCAGGGAUUUUUACUCUGUGUUUCAUCAAAGUCACACCACCCAGACUUAAGAUUGUUUUUCUCACCUGAGUUUGAAAACUCAUUCUGCCUUUAUUAAGAUGUUGUGUUUUUGGAUUUGUGCGUGUGUGUGUGUGUGUGUGUGUGUGUGUGUGUGUGUGUGUUUGACCUCAGUGGAAAUUCUCUUUCAUAUUGACACAGACACACACGGACUAUUGACAGCAGUGUCAUCUGAUCUCUGUCGUUUCCAGGGCUAAUGAGUGUGUGUGUGUGUGUGUGUGUGUGUGUCUGAUAAUAGGACACACACAAAGACAAUAGGUCCAUUGAUGUUGAUGAUGUGUGUGUGUGUAUGUGUGUCAGGUCUCCAGUUGCUCUCCUGUCUUUUUAAACGACCGUCUUCUCGGCGGUCUCCUGUUGAAAACACUGAAUAGUGGGUUUGUCUGUGAUUUGUCGUCUGCAGCGUGUUUGUCUGUUUUUUGUUUUUUUUUUAGGUUUUGCUUGUUUUGGUUCAGACGGACCGGCUCAGUCCGUGACUCACAGAGUGGAGUCUGAAAACUCGAUUGAGUUGAUUUGAUUUGAGUUCAUUAUAACUGAUGUGGCUCGUGUAGAAAUAAACACAAGUGCCAUUACAACACGACUGAUACACGCACCGCACGGUCAAUUGAGAGCUGCAGGGUGUCAUAUUAAAGAAGAUGGUUCUUGUGUUCAGAUUGUCGUCGCAGACAUAAACAAAUGUCUCAUUAUCUUGAUUAUUUUUCACUAAAUCAUGUUGGACAGGUUUUCAGAGCACUUUUUUAAAUCUGGUUCCUGCUGAUUUUGGUUUCUCCACUCAACAGUUCCUCCUCUGUCUUUACUGAUCUCACCUUUAACAUGUUAAAGAUGACAUCCUGCUUCUUUAACAGUCAAAUACAUAUAUUCCUUUCUAUUUUUCUCCUGACCAAAGUGUCAAACUGCUCCUCUUGCAUCCUGAUACCUGGCCUCAUGAAGCAGCUCCAGACGUUAAAAAAAUAGAAAUGACGGUCUUGUAUGUUUUGCAGCUCAAAAAGAAAAAUUCUCCACAGGAGCUUUAACUUCUCUUUCUUUAUCACUCUUCACAUUGAUGCUGAACAAGGUCACUGCAGAUUUUCUUGUAUUUUGUAGGUCUAAAAGAGGAAGUUUUGUAUAUAAAUGUGUUUGUUUUCUGAGUCCGCACAUUUUCUUUAUCCAAACCUGAAGUGUCGUCUUCAUCAGAGAACUUCAUCAUCCUUUUAGCACCACAGCAAUCUGCGUCUUUAUUUGUCUGCAUGUGUAACUCCAUGACUUCAAACACACUUCCACAGUAAUUGAGUUGAUGUUUGUGUCGUGUUUGUCUUUGAUUCAGGACGACCAUCAUGGUGACCGGAGCCUUCCUGGAUGCUUUUCAGAAGGUGGCAGACAUGGCGACUGGGACCAGAGGUAAACAAACACACUUAUUUAAACACAUUAAAAAACACUGCUGCAUUCGGUGGGAUGGAGACACACACAGCUAGAUUUAGGUUUAUUUCAGUCCAGAGGCUCCGAGAGGAAAAAUACGAUGAAAUAAAUUGUGUGUGGUUGUUGCUGUGCGUGUCAGUGUGUGUUUCUUUGUGUUUGACAUCAUGUAGGAGAGCUGAGGGAGAUGUUCUCCUCCUCGAUCUGUCUGUUCUUUCCCUCCGUCUUACAGCUCUGUUCUGUUUCUGUGUCUUUUUAACAUUAUAAACAGUGAAAUCAUGAGGGAGCUAAUUAUCUCCAUUCAGCUCCUCUACAUCAGGCUGUGUGUGUUCUGGAUGUGUAUGUGUGUGUGUGUGAAUGUGCGUGAGUGUAAUAUUGUAUAAUGUAGAAUUUAUUCAGGAUUGAGCUGCUAAAGGAUGAAAUAGGCCUGAAAAAUACCCUCGCCUCGCUUUCAUGAUACUGAGUCUGUUUUUGGGUCAGGAAUGUUCAAAUGUUUUCUGUCUUUGGGUCUCGCUUGCUUCUUCUUCUUCUCUCUCUCUCUCUCUCUCUCUCUCUCUCUCUCUUUCUGAAGUGACACAGUGAGACCUCAUGUGCAGCUGUCCUGUUUAAAGUCAGAUCGAGUUUCUCACGUUCACACAUGCACACUUCACAGUGGACGGGGGAGGGGGUCUGAGUUUUUCAAGAGAGGCACAGACCUGUGUGUGUGUGUGUGUGUGUGUGUGUGUGUGUGUGUGUGUGUGUGUGUGUGUGUGUGUGUGUGUGUGUGUGUGUGUGCCAAACCCAUGUUUGCGUACAUAUAUCACCUCAUCUGUUUGUAGAGUUUAUAAAUAAACUUGAGUGUGACGACAGAAAAUACAGCAGUAGGUAUGUUAGUCAGUAAUACAUGGACAUGAAAGAGGCGCUUGACUGAGUGACCUUUGACCUUUUCAAACAGUUUCAGUCCAGAAAUAAAAAUAAAUAUUAGUCCAGGUUUUUUAAUGUCAUAAGAAUGGACUGUGCAUCUCUACUGCCUCCUGUUGUACUAAAACGAAGCCAAAAUAUUCCCAUGCACAUGUACAGGCGUAUUCUGCAUUACCCCCAAUUUCCACCGCAUACGGAACGGCGUCGAAAAGGCUGUCAGCGCCAAUCGCAGCUGAUCAUUUCUAUUCAAGUUAAUGUGUCACUUACCACCGCAGAGCACAGCACAGAUUAACUUGUCCUGGAAAGGAAGUCGGGCACAGAUACAAAAUAAAACAUGCGGCUUCUUUAGAAAAUCAUGGUGGAUCAUAUUUCACACCAUGCAAAUGUGGGCGGGAAGAACAAGUCAAAGGUUUUCAGACAGCAUUUCACCCCGUUGACACCAUAGAUGAGGAGAUGCUGAUUCUAGAAGUGGAUUUCCUCCUCUGGAAGGACAGAAUCUACUGUCUUUAUAGAGACCACUCAUCAAACGUGAUUGCAUGUGAAUCCACGGGUUCUUGUGAGUUCACGCAAUUCCUGCUGUCCAUGAUCUUCCACAAAAUUCGCCUCACAAUAGCUUUCUGUUGGAAUUGGCAGACGGCAAAAAAUCGCCGCCAUACUGUAGCCGAGUCGUUCCAGAUGCGGUGGAAACUGGGGAUUAGAAGUUUGUGCAGUACUAAUCCACAGUACUCAUGCCUUGGUUCUUCAGCUCUCCAAAACACACACUGCUAACUUGUACUGCAGCUUUUCAUGUUUUAGCUUCACUUUUACGACACUGUCAUGUCAUCCAUCUUUUUAUUCAGUCUAUGACAAAACUGAUACAGCAAAUCCAGGUAUUUUCGUCUCUUACAGCAUGUUCUCUUACAGGCCUUGUGUAGCUAAGAUCAUUAAAGAACACAAUAUAUCUGCUAACACACAAGGAUCUGCAAAACUAACUGAAAAGCUGCAUGUAAGGCCAGUCAUUUGGGGUGUAAAUAUGUAAUGAAGCAUUGCUGCUGAAUAUCAUGUACCUGUGCAGGAAUGUGUUCCUCAACAGCAACUCCAAACUGUCUGAGUACAUAAUACAGACAAUAAGUUACUGUUUUCUAUUCAAAAUGUUUCUGCGUCUCAGUACUAAAUCACUGCAGAGUUGAAGAAACGUCCAUGUAAUGCUGGAUCUAACUUCAGACAGAGCAUCAAUCCAAACCUCAGAGAGAGAUUUUACACUGCCAAGCACACAGACCUGAUCCGUGUAGUUCCUCUUUCAAAGUACAAUCUGCUGUAAGAGUCUAGGUCUCUCUCUGGUGUCUUUUUACUUCAGUUUGGAGCCGUGCUGCAGGGAUUCAUUCCUGCUCAGCCUCAAUAGCAUCGCUGAGGUCCAACUCUGAUGUUGGGCUGUAUGUUCUGGCUGUGCUCCUGCAUAUUCGGCUUCAGUCCCCUAAGGUGUCAGGCGAGUUGAUUCGAGGACUCUCUGACGACCAAUCAACUUCUCCCCCGCCGAGCAGCGUAUGUUUACUCUAAACUAACACAGCACUCUUCAGUAUUUUUAUUUCAGCUCCACUUCAAACACUAACUGAAGCUCUCCUCUCUGAUGAGUCAGACUGCAGGCUCUGUUAGUACGUGGAGGACGUGGACAGGGACUACCGUGUUUUUAGAGCUGCACUGUCUGUGGAUUCGAUCUCUGUUAAGUCAGUCAGCUGCUGCGAUGAUUAUGUAACUCGGCAGUCAGUUGGUAUUUUGAGGAAAUCCAGUAGCAUGUGUGGGUGUGUGCGUGUGGGAGGUGAAUCAUGGCCGCUCCCCUCUGUGGAAGUCUCUGCAGACCUGCUCCAUCAUGUCUAAGUGUUCAUGUUUGUUGAUCAGAAAAGAGGCAGCACACACACUUGGAGAAAUAAAACUCAUAAUGUGGAAUGAAUUAUUUUUGUAGCCGAGCAGGUUCAGACUGCACCUCUGGAAUCACAGACAGAGCUGCAGAUAAACAAAUACGGGCACAGAUGGCGUGUGUUCAAUAAUCAACUUAGUGCAGCACAUGACCUCACAUGGAGCACAUGCAAACGGUCAUGUUAUCAUCAGGUACCGUCAUGCACCUCACAUGAUAGGACAGUGAGGUUCAGCAGCUGCAGGAGAGCGUUUGCACAACAUACAGCAGCUGAAAACACAGUCAGUUCUCACAGCACGAGGUUUUCUUCCUAUGUGACUCGAAAACAGACACGCAUUAAAGCUCUCGUUUCCUGUUGUCUCAAAUACUGCGGGAUCAUUUUGAUCAUGAGACAACAUGAAGCAGGAGAUGCUUUUGGGUUGGCCACACUCAUUAUUUAAAAUCAGUUGGAAGUAUGAUGGUCAACGCUGCUUCUGCUGCAUUAGAGAGGGUCCCUUCAGUCCAUCACUAUAUAUCCAUGAAGACCCAAAGGUUACCUCAAGUCCACAAAGGCUGUCUGACCUUGCUCAGGUUGACUUUGAUCCGUCUCACCAUGUCGGAGCAGGUUUUGAUUCCUCUUCUUUCUUAGGGAAACACCUUCAGUGUAGAAGAUCUCAGGGAUGAGAAUUCUGGCUUUUUUUUAGUGAUCCAGAUCUUCCAGGACUGUAACAGCUCAUUGAGUUGGUUUUUAGAGCAUUAUCCAUGUGUGGAGUGUAGAUACCGUCUGCUGCUGCUACAGUGCUGUGUUACUGUUACCCUGAAUCACCCUCACAUCAACUGCCUUGCUUGAUAGUGGAGUUAAUUUUGGGUGUACUGGUCCUUUACAUCACAUACGGUGUCAAGAUAAAGAUCCCUGUCUACAUGACAAAUACUUGUACCCUGGUUUCUGAUCACUGCGUCUUAUUUACACCUGUGACCUUUAUUUCUAUACAACACAAACUGCAGCGGCUUGUUGGAAAUAUUGAUGUUUCUCCGGUUUAAGCUUCUUCUCUAAUUCUUUCAUAUCAAAAAACAAAAAACAAACCUGUUUCUUCACCACUCUGGCAGAAAGAUGCUUUUGCUGCUCCUGCCAUGUUUCCUUCACUGAUACAUCACUUGGCUAAGGAGGUGCUGGUCCGGAGAUCCAGCAGCUGUUAGAACUGGGCUAAGAUGUCCUCAUGCCACAGUAUCAUGUUUUCUUCCUCUGGAGCUGCAAAAUCAAGUUUCUCCAAACAAGGAUAAGGGCUCACUCUGGUUCCUGAAAUCAGGAUUUGAUGUUUUACAUGCACAGACACUAAAAUGGGAGACUUUAAAAAAACAGGAUACUCAAGUCUGUGAGAGCACCAUCAUUAUUGUCAUAGAUCUAAAACCAUCUAGAGUCUCAGGUCGAAACUAGUUUAAAUAAAGUAGAUAAACUGGGAUCAGUCUGCAGCGUUCUCAUAUCCUUCAGUCUUCUCAUCCUCAGUCCCCUCAUCUGAAAAGAAUCCACACACACAGACGAGUGUGAAAUCCUCCUCUCCCUGAGAACAGGUACUGUUUUGUUGGCUCACAUCUGGUUUGACCUCACGUGACCCUGCAGCCAACACAAGCUGCUGCCAUCUGUUAGCGGUUAGCUCAGAGAAAAGCCAACACGAUCUUUUACAGACUCCAUGUUGACCAAAAACAUUCCUCUCUGCUCUGUGUGUGUAUGUGUGUGUGUAUGUGUAUAUGUGUGUGUGUGUGUGUGUGUGUGCUGUGUGUGUGUGUUAACAGCUGCAUCUCCUCCUAUGGAUGAAAAGUGACAACAGAAAAAAUAAAAGAGAGAGAGCACAUAUUUUAAUCUGUCGCUCGACCGCUAGGGUCUGCACUCAGAAUGCCAGACGAGGGGGACAGGGGCUCACACUGAUGGUGAGUGUUUCCUGCUGCAGUUUGAGUGACAUUUAUCAGCUGCUGUCCAGUUCGUAUUUAAAGGAACCCUCUGCUUUAAAUCUCCUUUUUUCACUCCCGUCAAUUAUCUCACCAAAUUAGCGCUCGUUGUAUUCCGUUAGUGUUCAACCUGCUGACUAAGCGGUGUGUUGGAAUUUUGUGCUCAUAUCUUCAGUCUGAAGAGCACUUCAACUCUCCUCCUCUGCUCUCUUAUUGUCAGCUCCUUCAGCCUGUCAGCUGCUGAGUGUGUAAGAGACACAGAGACGAGUGGAACAGCUGAUUUUACUCUCUCGCUCUCUCACACUUUAGCUCUCCCUCUCUCCCUCUCUCCCUCUCUCUCUCUCUUUCUCUCUCCUGCUGACAGGUCAUGUCAUCAUUUAAAAACACUUAAUUUUUUUCUGCAUUUCAGCUGCUCUCGCUCACACACUUGUAUGUGUGUGUGUGUGUGUGAGUGAGUGUUUCUUAACCGGUCUGUUGGGUUUGUUGUUGGUCGUCACGGUAAUGCCCAUGCUCUCAUCUUUCCCUGGUAGAGGAAAACUCUGAGUGUGUCAAAGACUGUUUGUCAGGACAGUGACGGACAAACACACACUCUCACACACACACACACACACACACACACACACACACACACACACACACACACACACACACACACACACACACACACACAGGUGUCUUAUUUAAAGGAAGUGAAACUUUCUUUUUAAAGUAAUAUAUUUGUUUUGAAUCAGUUUAAGGAUAAAAUAAUCUUUGUGCGCCUGAUGGGAGCAGAGGUUAUUGUUCAACUGUUCAAGCUGAGGAUGUUUUUCUUCAGCCGCUGAUGUUUUAAAAGCUAGAGGAAGAAUAUUCACAGACACAUGUUUGGAGGAUGUUCAGAAGCGAUGAUGAGAUCAUGAUCAGAAAUAAAACUCCGCAGAAAAACUGUCACAAUCAGCUGAUUUUAAAAGCAGCUUCCUCCCGUCCCUUCCCUGGUGGUUCCACAUGACACGUUUCCACAGCAACAACAGAGGAACAGUUGACGUCUUUGGCAUCAUGAGGUUUUCAGCGCACACACACACACACACACACACAAAUAAACACAUACUCAUACACACACACACUGAUCACAAGACCCCCUACAGCGUGCUGACGAGCUCUAUCGAGGUUUCCUGAGGUCAGCUUUGUGUGCGUCUUUCGGAUUGGUGAGGCGACUGACUGACUGGUCGACUGGUCAGUUAAUCAAUAACUGGAUCAAUAAAGAGAGAGAGAGAGAGAGAGAGGAUGAGCGAGCAAGAAGAGGGCUGUUUCUGCUGCAGUUUGGGGAUGAUUCAUCAGUGAUUAGUGGUAAAAAAAAAGGACAUUCAUGCAUUUAAUUGAGAACUGUUUACUGUGAAAAUUCAAGACGCUCCAGUCAGUUGUUCUGACCCCAAAUCUCAGUCUGAUUUUUGGCUUAAAUGGUUGAUCAUCACUCAGUCUGUUAAAGAGCUCAGAUUAGCUCUGAUUUUACAGCUGAGAUCAGGACCGAGACAUUUGGAGUAAAAAAUGAUGAACUUAGUGACCUUUGUGUCAGCCGUCGGUUUAAGACGAUGUUGGUUUUCAGAGCUAGAAGUGAUCGUGUUUGAACGAGGAGAGGAGAGAGGAGUUAGCAGUGACAGUGCAUGAAGAAAAGAGCUUCAACAACAUCUACAUGGUGCAAAAAUAUACAUUUAAACAGCAGAAUAAUGUCAGGAUUUCACUCAUUGAAGAAAUCUGAACCCAGACCUAUCACUUCAGCGCCAUAGUUCACAAAAAAGGCAGAUGAUACGUUCGAAUCCAACAUGCUAAGAGGUAAAGUUUGCUCUCCUGGUGUUUUUUUUUUCAUAAAUCUAAGAAUGAACCGUACAGACUAACUUCUGUCCAAAACUUCAAAAUCGUGAUUUGACUAGAAGAUCUAACAGCCCAGUGUUAAUCAAAUAUUUAGUCAAUAAUCCCUGUCACUUUAAAUGAAACCUGCACACCAAGCUGAUCUCUCAUUUCUCUGGAUUCACAUUCCCAAAGUUGGAGCAAACAGGAUGUUUUUCUGUCCAGACUGUGAGACAGAAGUUUGUCACACUCGCAUUUACAGAGAGAACAUUCAGAGGAGUCUAUGCAACAACGUGAGAGCACAGACAUCAGCAGGCGUUAAUAUUCACACACACUCAAUAUUCUCACACACACACACACACACACACGCACAUGCAGUCGCAGACGGUGCUGAAAGGCCACAUUAUGAGCUGAGAGGAGGAGAGAGAAGCGGAAAAAUCUGUGUUUCAGAGGAGGGCGAACACUUCUGUCCCUGUGUCUUUGGAAACUGGAGGGAAGUUAAAACAGACCUCAGCAGCUUCUUCGUCUCUCCUCUUCUCCUCAUCAUCACUGACCGUUUAUGACUGACUCUAGUUUACAUUUCUUAUCAGGGUCAUCUUAAUUUUGCAUGCUACUUUAUACUUCUACCACCCUUUUCUACUUGUUGAAGACUGUUUGAGACUGUUUUCACUCUUAUUUGUUAAUAUCAUAGUCGACUUUUUUCCGUUUUUAUUUCACACAGUCCCCAGAUUUUUUAUUUGCCGUCUCUGCAAAUGUUGCACUCUGAUAAACAAUGACCAAAGUCUCGGCUUGCAGCCUCGUUGUGACCAGGAUCACACCCCCAGCUGCAGGCUAGAGUUGCAGUUUGCAGUAAAAUCCCUUUGCCUCCUCUGAGCGGUGACUUGACUGAAGAUAACCUCCAAAUGUGAGAAUAAAUACAAACUGAUUCCUGCAGCGAGUCUGUCUCGUCUUGUCAGGUCACAUUUUUUCUCUAAAGUCAUCCUCGCUCCACUCUGAGCUCUAUUAGACAUGUCUGAACACAAACGCAGCAGCAGCAGACGCCCAGAGUGGCUAGCACCUGGAUACAACACAGACACAGACACACACGCUGACAGGCUGUUGUAAUUCAUGUGUUGCUAAAUGAAUAUUUAUGGCAUUAACAGGGUUGGGCAGUGUGCUGGGAUUCUCAUUUUAUUUCUGUAGCUGGAACCCCAGAGCCUGUAUUAGAUAAUAUACAGCACUUUCCUGCACAUCAUCAUCUGUGCAGUUUUUAAACACCAUUUGUUACGUGGUGCACCUCUGAGAUUAUAGUACAAAUGUGAUUUUCACAACUGCAGGAGGUAUUUUUCUAUCAUCGUGGCAGUUCGGUUUCAUCAGGUGUAAAAAUGCUUCCACUGUGACUCACAGAAAGUAAACAGUGUGUUUUAUUUCCGCACAAGCAUGCCUGCAUCGACUAAGAUUAGAAAUAAAGCAGACCUAACAAAAGACACAAACAGUUAUGCAAUGUUCAUGCUAGGUCUUGCUCCUCAUGUGCUGAUUCAGAUGUAAAGUGUAGAGUCAAAUCUUGAUAUUAAAACCAUCUGAAAUAAAUCAGCACCCACAGGACCCUCUGCAAACAUCCACGCUGUGAUUACCUCUUGAUUCCUGCCUCUAGUUUGACGUCUAAUACAGUGAACCCGUGUGAAUCCUAAGUCUAAAAUAUAUGGAUCUGACAUAUUUGAUGUAUGGUGAGUGACCAUGCUGCAGUUGAAGCUUCAUUUUCUCGGACUGGAUGCUUUCUGCUAAAACUGAGGACUCCCCAUGUUCAAAUGUCCAUUUUGCAUCAACUUCAGCAUGUUAACAGUUUGGUUCAGAACACCUGCCUGCAGUGUGGCUUAGGGUUUUUUAUUUACUUAUAAAUUUAGAUGAUUUAAAGGGUAAGUGUGAUACCUAAACCUUCAUAAUCAGGGCAUGGCUCGGUCUUAGUUCUGGUUUUAGUCCCACUCUGAUGAGGUUCUUUUUCUUAAAACACCGGCUAACAUGAAACUAGUUCCUGCAUAGAUGAUUAUUUUUGCCUCUUAGGAGUAGCUCCACUUAAACAGUCCUGGCGUGGUCGUGGUGUCCUUUAAGAGUGAUGCUGAAGACCACCCCCCAUAAGCUUAAAGUCACAGCUCACGUUACUUUACAAGCUUCAUGUUUCUUUAUAACAGUAGCUGUGAACAAUGACUAAUGUGACUGAGGCUUAAAAGGGAGCUGAGUGGCUGCUAACAGCUAAUGUAAGUGUAACUAAGGCCAAACUUUCAGCUCAUUCUGCGACUGCACAGCUGUGUAAAAAGUAACACACCCAAACUGUGUCUAACUUCAUGUGAGUGGAAACGCUGCAGAAAUGGAGUAAAUGAGGAGCUUUUGAGCUGAAAAUCAUCCAGAGCUACCAAAGAGGUGUUCCUGACCGUCAUUAUGAAAGGUAAAAAGAAGCGUAAUAGGCCUUUAUUAUAUAUUCUGUAAUAUCCAUAAUAUCUCCAAACAAACAGAGCUGGUUGAUCUAAUUUAAAACAAAAACAUGCACAAGCGUUUAAAUCACACGGAUUUAACACACAUGAAAAUCCUCAGGUUCGAAACACCUCUUUUAGCUGCGGUUCAGACUUUACUUUUCUCUGAGCUCAGCAACAGGGAGGAGAGGGCAAAUAAACCAAACACACCUCACCACACCUUAAACGUUUAACCCACACCUCAUACCUGAGAGUGUGUGUGUGUUUACCCACUUUCUGCCACGUUUCUGCUCGUGUUCCUGCCGCCAGUAAUUGAUGUUUUGUUUAGAGGAGGAGAGGGAAAUAAAGAGGAGAGGGAGAUCGAGGGCGAAGGACGAAUAGGGGACGGUGAGGAGAAGACCGGUUAUAAAUGGAGGGAUGGAGGAGGAGAUAGAUGGAGGAAGUGUGAGUGCAGGUGGGAUUAACAAAGGAGGAGGAGAAGAGGGAAAACUGCUGCUGCUUAAACACAGAGAGGGAGGGAAUCAGGGAGGAAGGGAGUGAGUGUUUGUUUUAAACCACACUUCAAAGUGAGUACAGUCCAUGCCAGUCCAGGUUUCACUCUGACAUCACUUCUUGUUCGUGCCAUGGCUGUUGGACGAACAUGCACUCCUCAUCUUUCACUGCGAUUGUUUAAUUUUUUUAUUUUACGUAACUGAGAUGUGACUCAGCUCCGCAGCCUGUUUGUGUGUGUGUGUGUGUGUGUGUGUGUGUGUGUGUGUGUGUGCUUGCGCAUGUGUGUACCAGCCUUCCUGUUUCCUCUUCGUGCAGCUCUGUGAUUCUGAUUCAAAUACCAUGAACUGAGUCAGUGUGAAGUCACACAAUUCAGACUGUUCUCUGUAAAGCUGCUCUGUCACUCUCUUCUGUCACCGCCAUGAAGAGUUGUUUUAAUCAGUCUGGAUAAGAAGUUUGAAACUCCAGUUUACCUUCAAUAGUUUAUGUAGAUAUCUCCAAAUAAAUGUUUGGUCACAUUAGUGAUCAGCUGGUAUUUUUCACCUUUUAAUGUAGAAAACCCACAUCAGGCAGACACAGGUGGAGAGAGAGGAGGAGGAGGAGGAUGCAGGUGUGUGUAGGUGUAUGUCUGAAAAGCCAAGGGACAGAAUGAGGGACGACAGGUGUGCACAAGCGCUAACAAGGUAAUGACAGCAGGGCUUAAGAUAUCAUCCAUGGUAUAGAACCGAAAAUACUUCCACCAGGAGCUUCUCAAAUGUGUUGGUGUCGUGAUGGUCCACUCAGGUCGGCUUUGGUUGCAGAACUCGUCCUUCAGUCUCUUUAAAAUGAUUACUGUAUUUAGGUCAAGAGUGCUUUUCAAUGGUCAGGUUACGAUGAAUGAACCCUCUGCUGGAUCAAACCAGCAAACAGCUGAAGACAUCAGCUUGUUAUCUUGAAUUUUAUUGACUCAUAACAGUUUGAAUAUUUAAUUUUCCUCUGAAGUUUAAAUUUUUAAAGCGAUAGUACUAAUGAAAAAGAGUUGUUGGUGAAAAAGCUUCACUCUUGAUCUUCUUCAUCAGUGAAAAGCGUUGCUACGACAGAAAAACACUGACUUACUUAUGGGACAGAAAUUAGAUUUACAUGUUAUCUGAUCAUCACAUCAGCGCAGAGCUUCUGGCUGUUACGACUGCGCUCUUAACUUUCUGAUUUCCAGUUAUUUUCUUUCUUUUUCUUUCUUUUUUUGAUGUUUUUCUGCUGCUCUAAAUGUCCUCUCUGUGGGAUUAAUAAAGGAUUAUUUUUUGUAUUUUCUCAAACACGCAGGACAUGAUUGCUUUUCUAGAUUGACACGCAGACUCGAGAGCAUUUACACCAUCAAAGCAAACACAAUAUGAUCACAGGACAGGAGAGACCAAUUAGCUUUCUCACUAAGGAGGAACUAUGAAAAGAAGCAUUUAGAUUAAACAAGCUUGUUUCAGAUUCACUAAAAUGUUCCAGUAAAUUCUUCUUGGAAUCUGAAAUAAUCUGAGAUCCUGUAAUGUGUGUGUGCAUGGUUUGUGUGUGUGUGUGUGUGUGUGUGGGACACAGAGACAGCGGUUUAACAGGAAGUGUUGUGUCCACACAGACUGAGUUCUACAAAGAAACCAUUAUGAUGGGCUUGGCUCUGCGUGAGUGGGAUGGUGUGUGUCUGUGUGUGUCUGUGUCUGUGUGUGUGCUUGAAGAUGACAGAGGACUCAGUGUAGAAGUGAUGCAGCUCUUUUCCUUCUUUUCUCUGCCUGUGUCAAUAUUUACGUUUCCCUCUGAAUGUCGCACCAAUCUGAAUAAAUGGUGUCAAAUUUGCCGUGUAAAAUGAGAAUCUGUUUUUGUUCCCAAAACGCUUCAAAUAAAAAAAGAUUUCCCUGAAUAUUAAUAAUACAGCCCUGUAGUGGAAAUGCUCUUCUAUCUUUAACUUUUUUUCUGUCAGUAAAUUGACCUUAAACUAAAAGAAAAUGUGCCGUGUUCAUGCAGACGCAUCGUUUUUUCUCACUAGCUAGGCUGUUUACGAAAAAUUUCAUCCAUCAAGCAUAUUUUUGUUGAGCCAAAAUAUAAAGUUUUUUUUUCGUGUUUGUGCUGAAAGAGUUUGUCGCAGUAAAAGCUGAAGCAUAUUUACAUCACUUUGUAAUUAGCGUUGUUAUCUGGAGCACAAGCGCCAUCUUCUGGGUAAAAUACUGUAACAAAAUAAAAGAUCUUUUUGCAUUUGAUCCUGGUAUGUUGGUUGCACUGUUAUAUAAGACAUGGUCCAUCUUAGAGAUGACGCAAUGAUAUUAAAAGUACAUUUUAUUCACCAAAUUUAAGCUCAGGAUUGUUGUAUUUCGCUCUAAUGUUACAUUAAGUGGAAUUAUAUGCUCAGGGUUAAACAGCAUAGGACCCGCCUAUACUCUGUGUGUGUGUGUGUGUGUGUGUGUGUGCACACUGAGUUGUCAUAGUCUGUUAGGAGUUGGUGGAUCUUGUUAUAUGAGGACUUGAGUUGCAACAUAACGAGUCUGAAACUGAACACUGGUCUUCGAGGCUGAGACGAGGCUGAUUGUGAAAAGGAGGUGGACCCUUCCUUACAUCAUUAAUUAAUUAACACACUCCGGGAUUUAACACACAUUACAACACUCCUCAUAAGACCUUAAUCUGAUUGAAUUUACUUAACAGCAUAAUAUGAAGCAAGUAAAGCACACAGACAUCAACACACUCACUGCUGGAGUUCAUCUCUUUUUUUAUUCUAUGCAUGAAAUUAAAUAAAUCAUCUGAGGGUUUAUUAUCAAAUCUGUUGUAUUUACAGUUUACCAGCAGUAGCAUUCAUUCAACAAAGAUAGAUGACACGUUGGUCUUUUAUUGUGAAGUUUGACUCAGCGUUAUUUAAAAGGUUAUAUGCUACGAUCCCGUUUGGUUUUCUACCAAAAUAAAACUCUCUAUCUGUUUUUCUCUAUUUUGUUUUGUUUCAGGUGCGACUAAGGAGAUCGGCUCAGCGCUAACCAGGAUGUGUAUGAGACAUCGCAGCAUCGAGUCCAAACUGAAACUGUUCACCACGUAAGACACGCCCCCACACACACCCACAGAGAUAAGAUUUGCAUGUGUUAUUUACUAUGUGGGGAGGAGAGGUAAAGGUGUGAAUGAUGUGUGAUGACAGCUGUCACACAGGAGUAUCUGAAUGUGUGGGAACGAGACACUCUAAUUACUCUCAGCUGACGUUUGCUGGUACACAGGAGUGUGAGUGUGUGGAAAUGUUCCAGAGCAGUGUUUGCCCUGAUUUAACCCCGUCACUGUCACUAUAACGCCCCAACUGCUUUCUGCCGCCGCUGCUGUCAUCAGAGUAACUGUCAGAUGACACGCACACGCACAUAUUGUAUAGCUCUCAAGUUAAAUAGUGCGUGGUUAGUCAUGGAUGAAUAACAUUUUUGUCACAGUUGGUGGUUGAAUGUCACAAUCCGGUACUUUUUGAAUGACUGUGGAGGCGGUUAGUCACUGUGAAGAACCUCAGGAGAACUUUUACCUGGAUCUGCGGCUCCUUCGCCUUUAAGAAGUUUAUAGUGAGUGUAAAGUCUGUAGAAAGGGUCUCACUCUAUAACAGAGUGACAGUGGGUUUGGGUUCUUCUGAAGUUUAAAGCAGCUCAAAAACUCCCCAAAAAGUUCUUUUUUUCCAUAAUUUAAUUAAAAAAGUGAAACAGCCAUUUAUUCUAGGUUCAAAGUGAAAUAUUUAAAGACUUUUUAUAGUUUGACUCUUGAUGAUUCUGGCUCACAGCUCACUAAAACCAAACAUCUGAAAACAUUAGACUGUUGUGGAAAAGUUUGGUUUCUUGUCAGGUGUUUCAGUCCUGAAAAGAGAUCGAAUUAGCCGAUUAAUUCUGAACACCUGAACAGCCUUUAGUCUUUCAGUCUGGUUCAGUUCAUGCAACCACAAUCAAUCCACCACAAGGACAUUAAGGUCUUCGCUGUGGAAGCUGGCUGUUCGGAGUCUGUUUGGAAGCAGAAUCAUGGACUGGAAAGGAAAAGUGAGUGAGGCAAAGACGACCACGAAACAAGGAUGAACCCAAAAACAUGGAUUCAAGAACUUGAGAGUUUUACAAGGACUAGACCGAGACUGGAGUCAGUGUAUCAAGAGCCUCUACACACAGACUAGUCCAGGAAAAUGGACUACAAGUGUUUCUCUCGAGACCCUCCUGAACCGGAGACAAUGUCAUAAGAGUCUCAUCUGGACUAAGAAGAAAAAGAACUGGACUAUUUUUGCAGUGGUCCAAAGUCCUGUUUUCAUUUCAUUUUGAAAUCAAGGACCCUGAGUCUGGAGGAGGAUCAGAGAGGCCUAGAAUCCAAGGUGCUUGAAGUCCUGCGUGACUGUUGGUGUUUUAACGAGUCCAGAGUCAACGCAGCCAUGGGUCUACCAGGAAGUUUCAGAGACUGUCAUGCUGGGAAGCUUUAUGAGGAUAACAGAUUUCCUUUUCCUGCAGGACCUGAAUCCUGCCCACAGCGCCAAAACUACCAUAAACUGGUUUUAUGGAUUUUUGUUUUUUUGUGAGAUGAAUUGGAUUAUGGAAGAAAAAAAAGAAUUUUAUUGACACUUAUCGACGCUAUUGAUUGGAGAUGUUGACCUCACAGUUAUGGUCUUUGUGUGGGAAGACUGAAAUAUGGUAUUCAUGUGAAAACCAUCACUGGAUUAGAGUCAGGAAUAAUGUAAUCCUGCUGUUUAGAGUUAAAAUUUAAUCCGAUCUCAGAGAUUAACUGUGUCUUUCUUUUCCUUCUCAGAGCUCUGUCAGAGAGUCUCAUCACACCGCUGGAGCUGAAGAUGGAGGAGUGGAAGAAAGUGGCCAGUCAGCUGGACAAAGACCACGCUAAAGGUAAACUAGCAUGUAAAAACACACACACAGACACACACAGACCUACAGACACAAACUGUCGCUCACCGCUGACUUAUUCUUGAUGUUUAGAGUACAAGAAGGCCAGAGCAGACAUUAAGAAGAAAUCCUCCGACACCAUCAAACUGCAGAAGAAGGUUAAGAAAGGUAAGAGCCCUCUGUCAGCUCUCAAACUCCUGCAUCUUCAAAUCUUCACUGAAAUUUAACCCUGAAACAAUGAGAAGUGUUCGCUGUGAAGUCUGGGGCACAUUAAGAUAGUUUGACACCUCCUGAGAGUUUGUUUCCUGUUGAAGGAGAAACCUGCUAAAUGUUGAAUCCAUCUUUCUGCUGGGAUAAUCCUCAGCAGAAAAUAAACAUAAAGACUCAGUUUGAUCGUGCUGAGAUAAGGCUGCUUUUCAGAUCUGUGCUCCAUUAUGCUCCGCUCUGUCUCCUGUCACACAGAAACGAGACAUAAUCCCUCUGAAAUGUGUUUCACUGACGACAAAACUGCCACAUGUCGCUUUUGUUUUGUCUAAUCUUUGAUUCAGUUUUUACAGCUGGUGAUAGAAAUCAAACCCUGAUUUGCUUGUGUGUUGUCCUCGUUUCCUCUCUGGUCACAGGGUGUGCACCGUUUUAGCUCCAGUGCAAGACUUCUUAAAAUCAGAGGCGGCGUUAAAGACAGAAAGAUAAAGAUAUCGUCUAAAACAAAGCUGGUUAUUAACCGUCUCUAUUAACGCUGGAUCUCUGCUGCAGACUCAGUGUGUCAUUUCCAGCUCCUUUGGCAUAAAUAAGAUCCUUUUAGUCUGAAUUUUUAUAGACUUAUUUGUCUAAAGCUCCAGUAGGGAACUUUUAGGUUACGUUUGAGGCUUAUCUUCACUUGUGCUUUAAUCACUAAUUACAAGUCAGAUAUAAUUUUUGUGAAAACUCAGAAUUUGUCAGUUUUGGUCCUUAUCCUGACUAGCAGCUUUUGGGUUGGACUUGAUCUGGUUCUUAGGAUUUACUCAUCUUAAGACAGGUCUUAUUGAUCUUAUCCCAGUAUUUUAUGUACUGGUUUGGAGAUUUGAAGACAUUUUUUUCUUAUCUGUGUGGUCUGUAAAUCCUGAGGACCGACAGAUUCUGAGCAGCUCCUGUGCUAUGAGGCCUCGGGUGACUUUAAGCCUGUCAGUUGGCCUGUUUCCAACGCUUUCAAAAGUACUGCUAGGCACUCACCUGAGCCACACCCAGCUCUGCUAUCAAAGAGGCACACCCUGUGGUUGCCAUGGUUGCACCUGGCCUUGCAAUCCCAUAAUCAAAGGGACUAAAUGCUUGCCAAGAAAGAUGGCAGAUUGACUCAUGAGGUAGAAAUAAAACAGAAACGCCCAAGCACGUGCAAAGGCAAAAAUUCUGACACACAUGCGCGCAGGCACACACACACACACACACACACACACACACACACACACACACACACACACACACACACACACACACACACAAACACACCACAAUCAAAAUGUAACCUCCAGGCCUUUACACAAAUGUCCUCUCUGUCCUCCCUCCCUGCAAUUCCAAUACGCAAAUCCACAGAUACAGAAAUACUUUGACUCUCUCUCUCUCUCUCUCUCUCUCUCUCUCUCUCUCUCUCUCUCUCUCCCUCUCUCUCACUCUCACUCUCUCUCACUCUCUCUCUCAGUCCUCGCACAGACCCGCCCAUGGUAAACAGUGAUUUCUGAUGUGGCUUUAACAUCUCUGAACACGUUUUCUGCUGUGUGCCCUUUUUUUUCUUCCCCCUUUCACUUCCUUCUUUAAAAUCUAAACUAAGUUUGUUAAAAUCUCAGUCUUAUGUUUAAGAACUUGAAGGUUUAUUUUUGGUUGGGAUGCGACUGCACUGAAAACUGAUUCAUCUGCGUGUCUUUGGUUAAAGUCUUGUUUAAAAAAAACGUAAAAAGUGAAACAGUUCUGACAGUUUCUGAAAUUUUUAAAGUCUAGUUACUUCAAAGAAAAGAAGUUUCCCCAUGUUAGAGUUUGUCAUCACACAGCUGAACUAGGUACUUGGGUCUGAUUGGUCAUUCCAUAGCAACAAUCCAUAGCAACAGUCUGUUAUACCUUGAUGGCAGACUGUUGAUGCAAAGAACAGCCUGCCGCUGGAAUAAUGCUUUUUUAAAUUUGUAUUUUGAGAUAAAACAGACAGAAUAACAACAACCAGACCGGACCGUUGAUAAAAUAUUAAUAAACCAAACAAACGAGUAAACCUGAAUGAGCGUGUAUUUACACUCUGUGAGAACUGUGAGGCCCAAAGAUGACGAGAAAACAAAUAAGCAAAAGAAAAAGAUACACACACACACAAACACACACACACGCGCACACACACACAUACACACACACACACACACACACAGAGAACCAAAAUUGUUCUGUCUACUCACCAAUCACAGCUCUACAGUAUAAUUAUCCUGCUCCUCCAAAGUGUGUGUUUGUGCAUGUGUGUUUGUGUGUGAGUGUGAGUGUGUAGACAUCCUGUAAUAAGUAAGGACACACACAGGGACUAGACUUCUGUCGCUGUUGUGGGUAAAAGAAAACCUACUCCUAACUCGAGUCUAGUUUUCCAGCAGAAAAGUUUUUGUUAAACUGUUUUCAUUCAGUGAAAUAUCCUGAUUGAUUAUUGAUCAUUUUUAAUCCUUUUUUUAAACUGAUUUUCUGAAUAUAAGACCGAACAUUCACAGUGUUAACCAUUGUCCUGUGAGUCGUCCAUGAUAAAGACCAACUGAGGUACAUCCCUGAUUAUCCCCUUUCUAAAAUAAGUGUGUUUUAUUUUUGGACAAAUGUUAGAGGUGGACUGUUGAGUAUUCAGAACUCAUCAUAUUUUACCGAGCUGUGUCCAGUCUGUCUAAAUAAAAACAGUUCAGUCCUGUGACUGCUUUAUAAGCUUUGACUUUGGCUGAAUAUUGUCACUUAUCUGCAACAAGUGAGCUGCAGGUGUAAAUCCUCUCUGCCUCCAUGUUUCUUCCUCAUGGUCACUGAUGAUGUUUUUACCUGAUGUAGGUCCCAGAAAAAGCCUCAAACAGCUCCUGGGUCACAUCAGUUUAUAUAUGACGUUUCUCAUUUCUGUGCCUCUGUUACCUUCAGUAACUGUGUGUGUCAGAGUCGCCGUUAGAGAGGGUGUCUCACAGUGUCAUGAUCUGAUUACCUGAGGGCUAAAGCUACAGGGUUUUGAAUUGUCUUUAAUAUGAACAAGACUAAAAUUAAGGCAGAAAAAGAGGGUGAAACUGAUCAAAGCAACGCAUUUAUUUUUUCUUGUUUGGAUCCAAAAAGAAUCUCAAACUCAGUUCUGACCCAAAGCUCCAAAAUGAUUCCCGUCUUCAGUCUUUUACCCUCCAGCUUCAAGGUCACGUCACUUUUUUCUCCUUAUGUUUCACCGUUCGAAACGUUUACAGCAUGAAGAAGAAAACCUUCUCUCAGUAAACAUCUGGUCCAUCUCUAAUUAUUUCAUAUGACUCUAUGUGUGUGUGUACGUGUGUGUUUAUGUGUGUGUGCUCUGUCAUUAUGUGGCGUGUAACCACCUCGAAUCGGGAAUCUCCAACAGCUUAGAAAGAGAGAGAGAGAGGCAGAUGAUGGAGACGAAUGGAAGGAUAAAUAUCAUGAAGAUACCAACUUGAAGCUCGUUUUAAAAACUUUGAGUCUACAUGUUGUUUUUUGUAGUUUUUAUAGUGAUAUAAGAGGGAUUAUGCAUAUUUUAAUGCAGCUUAAGUGACGUCAUCUAGUUUUGAUCAUGCUGCUGAGACAUACCAUGAGAUAUAGAGAGACAACAGUUUUUUUUAUUCAUCCUGAACUGUGAUAACUUCUUAUUUUGACUCUUUUUUACUGCAGCUGGAUUAUGAAGGAAAGUGAUAGUGCAGGACUGAAGAUGCUGCAGAUGUUGCGCUCCAUAAAUCUGCACAGAGAAACGAGGAUGAAGGGAGGAGUCUGAACCCAUCCUCACCGUGACUCUGCAGCGGUUCAAGUGGUCAGACAGAUCAAGUGAGGAGAAGAGAGGAGGAGGAUUUUUGCAGGAAAAGAGAAAUCAGAUGUUUAUAAUGAUAGAGACAAAAAAGAGGAGCGAGGAAAGAAAGGGAAGAGAUGGAUGGAUGAUGUAAUUAUCUCAUUCUGAAGUGGUUUCAUCAGAGAAGAGGGGGAUGGUGGAGGAAGAGCAUGGACUCCCGAGUACAGAAGGAUAUAAAAAAAGGGGAGUCGAGGGUGUUUAUGAAGAAAAGAGAGGGUAAAAGAGGACGAAGGGAAGACAGAAAUGAAAGUGAAUAAAUAGAGGAGGAGUUGAAGUAUAAAGAUAACAUUUUCUGAAAGAGGAAGAAAAAUCUGAUGAGCUGAGAGGUCAGCGGAGGUUAAAUCCGUCUCAUCUUCUCAUUUUAAAUCUGUUUGCUGUUUUUUCUUUUUGCAUUUAACUUCUUCGCUCCAUCGAAACUUGCUGAUCGUGUUCGCUAAAAAAAACCCUUAUCUGUCUGACACUGAUGACAUGAUCAGUGUGUGACUCAGAUAGUCUAGACUGCAGGAUGAAUAAGCUGUUAACAGAAACAGGUUAACCUUUGCAGUAAAUAUGAGAUCAGCUGUUUGUGAUGAUUGAAAACACAGCUGACGGUGUUUGUCAUCAGAAAGUCGUUCGAUGUGAGAGCGGCAGAAACUCUUCACUGACUCGUCAGGGUCUGGAUCUUCUUUCCCCGAGUCACAGCGCGAUGAUUGAAGCGACUCUGACCCUCAGAGGAGGCGGUUUUUCCUCAGCUGCUGAGAAUCGUCUCCGCCUGAACUGUGUUUCACCUUUUACACGGAGUAUAAGUCAACUCUGCACACAGCCCGGCUUUGAGUCCAGAUCUUUGUGUUUUUGUGGGUGGAGAGCCAGAGUCUGGUAGAAACAGUCUGACUACACACAGCCUGUGUGUGUGUGUGUCUGUUUGAGUAAGUGUGUGUGUGUUUCCACAGAGGCCAGACGUCAGACAGACCAACAGCACGCCGACACUGAGCUUCUGUUCGCAGCGUGGAAAUCGCCCUCUGUGCUCUCUGUGCUCUCCCACACACACCUGAGAGGACUGAGUGUGUUUAGGUUGAACUUCAUGACACAAAGUCUGCAGUGUGUGUGUGUGUGUGUGUGUGUGUGUGUGUGUGUGUGUGUGUGUGUGUGUGUGUGUGUGUGUGGAAACCUUCCUCACACUGUUUUCCACAAGAUUUCCCGCCUGUGUGUCGAAGAAAAAACUUUUUUAUAAUGUUUGCUCAACAUUUGGAGAUCUACUCAGCCCCAAUCAGAACUUAGGAUCAUGUCAAUUUUUUGCAGUGUAAACCAAAACAUAGCACUGAUGUGUCAGUAGAAAACAGGGGUGGAAAAAUCAUAAAGAGGCAUGCAUCCUACACUGAAAGAAGAGGAAAUGAUAAUCACAGCGGAGGUGGACUGUUCUGCCCUGGCUGCACUUUUACAGGCUGUCAUUACCUGAAGAGCUGAUAACUGUGCAGUCUUUACUGGACAUGUGAGCUUUGUGCAGGACCGUUGUUUAAUGCAAGCUUUUGUGAGGCUUUAUGUAUAAAGUGAAGCAUGCAUGAGACAUCGGUAGAAAUACAGUAUGGGCUGAGCGCUCAUAUCUUCGGUGUGAGACAUCUCCUGCAGCUUUAACAAUCUUAACGAGAAGUUCACUGCACAUUCAGAAACAACACAAAUUUAAUGGAGAUGAAGAAGGAAGCAAACAUAUAAAACAGCUGCAUUCAAAGUAAAUGCACUGAUAAUAGCUCAACAAUUAGUAUCUAACAACAUUGAAAACACAGUUCACUCCUGCAGAAGAAUAAACUGAGACAUGACAGCUGAAUAGAUUCUGGAAGUUUAUCAGAUGAAGCAGCUCCAUGUUACUGUCAGGAAACACAAACAUGAGCUCAGCUUGUUUAUCAUUAUUCAUAUGUUCUUAUUUGUAAUUCUAUUAUUAUUUCAUGUUUAAUGUUGUUGCUUAAAAAAACUAAGAUCGAUCCCUCCUAGCCUGAUCCUGACUCUGAUCAACUGAAGUUCUGUCAUUAUAUCUCCUGCUGCACUCAUCCUAAAACCACUGAACUGAAGGCACAUCACAGAACAACACACAGACAUUGAAAUGCACAUCAUUGUUUGUCACAGUGUUUGCGCUCGGUCCGUCUGCUCAUGUGUUACAGCUGACUCAGUGAGCGGCCUGUUGAUGUUUAUGGCUGAAUGGCGUGACGAGCGUCACAUUAAAUCUCAAAGAUUCAAACAGCUGCAGAUCGUCCGCCUUCUGUGGUCGACUUUUUUUUAAAUGUUUUCUGUCUGAGGAGGACCAGAGGUUUCUGUUGUGAUGAUGAGGGUUUCAGGAUCAUGUGAUGAGGCUGGUCUGCUCACAUGUCAGCGGAGAAGCCCAGUAAACAGUGGAGUAAAUCACAUCAGAGAGAGAGAGAGAGAGAGAAGUCUGUCUGUGUCUGGGUUCAUUUUCAGAGUCCCUCUGUCUGCUCUGUGUCUUUGUGUCUGAUGAUGUUCUGGUUUGUCAUUUCUUCUUUGGGUGAAAUAUGUAAUUUCAUUUAAUAUUUUGUGAUUUUUGAUGAAGGUAAUUAUUUUUCCUCAGACAGAUUAACACAUCCAGACUUUUAGUUUUUGACUAAGUUAAACACCAACAGGAGGAGAAAGGUCAGACAGCACCUGUGUGAUAAACAGCUGAAGCUCAAGCAUGUACAAGUGUGUCUUCUCCUGCUUCUCUUAGUGUUGUAUUGCCACCUGAUGGUAGCAUUGUGGUAUUGCAUCCAGAUUUGUCCUCCGCAAGGUUAUAAAGUCUGUUUUUCCUCUUGUACAUGUUGCUGUUUGUGUUAUCAGGAUUUUAGGCCUCUUAUCCGGGCUUUUAUCUGUUAAAGACUUUUUUUUGUUGUUUUUCUUCCUCUCUGGUCAAACUGGCCUGUGUCGUCAUCUAACUAGAAUAUUUUUUUUCUAAUCUAAAUUUUUUUCUUAAUGUUUUUUUUUUCUUCUGUAGAAAGUUUAACUCACAUUAAAGUCAAAACAAAGACAGAAAAAGUCCCAAAGUCUUUUAUUUUUUCUAAACAAAGUAAAAUACAGGAAAUCUUUAUGGUUCCUCCUUCCUUUACCAACAGCAGCAGCUCCUCCCUGAACUCUUCUUUCUGCUUUUACUGCUGAUAAAUCAAGUCUUAAAUUACAUCUUUAAAUCUGUCAUUGUGGUAAUUGGCUAAAUUUAUUAUUUGUAUUAAAUCAAAAAGACUGUGUCCUCCAGAGGACUUUGCCCUGCAGACCUUCUCAUAGAAGGAAAACUUUUCAAACCUGGUACUGAUUAUCCUGUCUCUAAAAAGCAUUUCAAACUGGGGGUAGAAACAGAAAUACAACAGUGACACUUCUUUAGAAACCAAGGCACAGCUCAGUCAUAAAGAUAUAAAAAAGUUUCCAAUGUGAGUGUAUUUCUGUUUUUUUUUCUUUACCUUUAAUCGAUCAAGAGAGGACAGAAGUGAUCACAUGUGGCAGCAGAAGAAGAUGUUGCUGUUUCAGUGUUUUUCUUACCUCAGUCGUCUUCUCCUCCUGUGUGUGUGUCCUUGUAGGGAAGGAUGAGGCCCGUGGUCAGCUGGACAGCGCUCUGCAGGACGUAAAUGUCCGUUACGCUGUCCUGGAGGAGACGGAGAAACGGGCUGUGUGCCGAGCGCUGAUAGAGGAACGAGCGCGAUACUGCAGCUUCGUCAGCAUGCUGAAACCCGUGCUGGUCAGUGCUUUGUGUGUGUGUGUGUGUUUGUGUAAGUGUGUGUGUAGGUCCUUUUGGUUAAACUCAAACUGACGUGUGUGUACAUGUCUGUGUGCAGGACCAUGAGAUCAACAUGCUGGGCGAGGUGACGCACCUGCAGACUAUUCUGGAGGAUCUGUCCAACCUGACAGCAGAACCCAACAAACUCCCAGCAGCCAGCGAGCAGGUACCCCCGAGCAGUUUUCACAGAGGUGUCAGAAAACACUCUAUCGUUAAAAAGUGCUGACAGAGACACUUUUAUUAAAAUUCUUUUUUAAUCAGGUGAUUCUGGACCUGAAGGGAUCGGACUUCACCUACACCUAUCAGACACCUCCAGCCUCUCCCAGUAACACCCUGUCCAGAAAGAGCAGCAUCAGCAGGUAACACACACACACACACACACACACACACACACACACACACACACACACACAAAGACACAAUCACAGACCCUGAAACACUGCAGAUUUUUCAUAAACAAGUUUUUAUUAAUAAUAAAAUUAAUAACAACAACAUUGAUAAUUAUUAUUAUUAUUAUUUUUAUUAUUUUGAUGAUAUAUUAUUAUUAUUAUCAUUAUUAUUAUUAUUAUUAUUAUUAUUAUUAUAUAACAAUUAUAAUUAUAAUUAUUAUGAUUAUUAUUGUCAUUUUUAAUAAUAUAAUUUAUUAUUAUUAUUAUUAUUAUUGUUGUUGUUGUUUUUGUUAUUAUUGUUACUAUUGUUAUUAUUAUUGUUUUUUGUUGUUAUUAUUAUUGUUGUUUUUGUUUUUAUUAUUAUUAUUUGCAUUAUAUGCAUUUUUUGCAUUAUUGUUGUUGUUGUUGUGUUUUGGCGUUGUAGUUUACUUUAUUGGAUCCUCUAACCUGACCCUCCUGCUUCUGUCUCAGCUUUAUUUAAUGGACUUUUUGUAUUUCUGCAGUAACUACCAGUCUGGAUCAGUGAGACAUGUUCCCUCUUUAGACUCCAUCAGUUGUGCUGUGGAUGGAGUUCACAUCCAGGUAACAAGCAACAAGCAAACACACUCUAGACACACUGUAUAAACCACAAUAUACUGAUUUUUUUACUAUUUUAACCAACAAACUAAGUCAAAUAAAACCCUGUAAAGUACCUCUGUUUCUCUGGAUGUAUAUGAACCUCUCUGAUUUUGGUUAUCCCUGAAUCUGCUCCUUAGAUUUUUAAACAUUUAACAUUUUAAACAUUCGAUGAAAACAUGAGGCCAAAAGUCAAAAUUAAAGCCUAUGAAAGGAUUAUUUUUUCAGGUCUAUAAAAAACUCUGACGUCUUAUUUUCUGAGUGGUUGGAUCUCAAGAUUUCACCUGAAAUUUCAUUCAAACAUAAUUAAAGCUUCACUGAAAAUGCAGGUCAAUUAUUUAUUUAAUCUUAUCAUGUGGUUGAUGAAAUAAAGGAACAAUCCACUCAAAUAUAAACACAAACCCUCUUGUUAACAUCACUGAGACUUGAGCGCUUUCAGGACCUUCAAAAUAAAAGCUUUUCAGUAAGACGAAAACCUCACACACACACACACACACACUCACUCACACACACCGCUUUCACCCUCUCCUGUGUGUGUAGCGCUGCUCCUCCCCCUAUCUGCUGAUUGGCUGCGAUGAAACCGGGCGGUCUCUCAGCGAAGGGAACUCCCCCUCUCGCCUCGGCCGUCAGGGCAGCCGUGGUCGCUACGGUUACGCCGCUGGCCAUGGCCCUCGACCCGCGCUGAGCCGCCGUGUUAGCCGCAGGGAUAAGAUCACCGUGAGGAAAAGCUCAAACUUCUUUGAGUGACGUCCUGUGUUUUUAUUUUGAUGUAAAAGUUUGUCCUCCAUCGGUUCGAAUCCAUCUCACGCUCUUCCUCCCCGCAGUUUUGGUGUUUUACUCUCAUGUCUCCAUCGUCACACCGUCACAGACUUCAUUCACUUCAAAUACGCCAGCAAACCCCAUGAAUAUCCAACCCAGCCCUCUUAUCAUACCAUGAAGUCAUACUGAACCUAAACACAUCUCCUUUUCUCUGAAUUAUUGAAGUGUUUUUCUCUGUGUACAGUGGUGAGGUUUUGUUUACGUGUUUGUCUGAUUGUGCUCCUCUUUUCGGCGUGUUUUCUGUCUUUUAAAUGUCGUCUUCAGAUGUGUUGUUUUGUAUGUUAGACUCCUGUGAGAAGUCGUCUGGUCCUCUGUCAGUUUUCGAUUUAGGAAAUUUAGAAAUAUCCUGGUGGUUAUCCUGUAAAUCUCACUCUUUCUAAAAACUCAAAUGUGCGUAAUUUCCAGAGUCAGCUUUGAUAAAUAUUAGAGAGUGACAAUAUAAAUAAAAUGUAAUCAUGAAUACUCCAAACAGUUCUCUGUUUUUAAAAUAUAAAAGGGAGACACUGAAUAAAGUUUGUACAUCUAUUACUGUUAUUUUGCACGGAUCAUUUGUUGCACUAACAAUUAAAGCCAAAAGUGGUGAUAAACGGGCUCUCGGACUGCAGUGAGUUGUGCAGCAACUCUGCAGACUUCACUUUGUGCAAAAUCCACAUUUCAUCUUGAGAUUCUUCAGGUUAAUCCAGCGUAAAGAAACUACAUCUUAAACUUUGUGCAGCAGCUCACUCAGACUGUUUGUACUGUUGUGAGGAUCUCAUCUCAGAUGGUUUUUCUCACUCUGGGUCUCCUCACAGUUUCGUUAAUCCAGCGUUUCCUCUGAAACUGUCGGACUUUAAUCCAGCUGUCCGGGUCUCUGUUUUCUCUGUUUACUUCGUCAGACAUGUUGUAGUUUAAAAAAAUCUCCUUAUGUUUGUUUUUUAUUGAAAUCCUGUAUGUUUGUUCCUGACAGGACUCCCUUGGCUCCAACAAUCAGCUCGCAGCUUCGGGAAGCGGAGGGGCGGAGAAUGGCUUGUUGGCCCCGCCUCCCAACGCGUAUACAAACCAUGCAGAGAGAGCCCGAGCCCUGUCUGCGUCCGGAAAGGUAGCACACACACACACACACACACACACACACACACACACACACACACACACACACACCUGACCGUCUUUCUUAACAUCCUCUCUUUCCUAAAGUCUGUGAUGUUAUUCAGAGUUUUAAAAUCUCUCUCUCUCUCUCUCUCUCCCUCUCUCUCUCUCUCUCUCUCUCUCUCUCUCUCUCUCUCUCUGUCUCUCUGUCUCUCUCUCUCUCUCUCUGUCUCUCUCUCUCUCUCUCUCUCUCUCUCUCUCUCUCUCUCUCUCUCUCUCUCUCUCUCUGUCUCUCUGUCUCUCUCUGUCUCUCUCUCUCUCUCUCUCUCUCUCUCUCUCUCUCUCUCUGUCUCUCUGUCUCUCUCUCUCUCUCUCUCUCUGUCUCUCUCUCUCUCUCUCUCUCUCUCUCUCUCUCUCUCUCUCUCUCUCUCUCUCUCUCUCUCUCUCUCUCUCUCUCUCUCUCUCUCUCUCUCUCUCUUCUCUCUCUCUCUCUCUCUCUCUCUUCUCUCUCUCUCUCUCUCUCUCUCUCUCUUCUCUCUCUCUCUCUCUCUCUCUCUCUCUGAGUUCAUACACACACACACACUCAAGCACACAUAUACACACACUUUCUAUGUUACUUUCUCCUACGUGAAGGAGUCAGACCUCCACAUAACACUGAUUCAAAGCAAAUCCCUAAUCCUCUUUGACUCUGUCUUUGUAACAAACACUGACACAGACCCUCUCAACCGUCCUCUUUAGUUCCAUGUUUGGAUUAAACAGCUGAUAACCUGUCUUCUUCUUCUUCUUCUUCUUCUUCUUCUUCUUCUUCUUCUUCUUCUUCUUCUUCUUCUUCUUCUUCUUCUCUAACUCCUUUCUCCUGUUGUUUCUCGGUGUUCAUGGUGAAUCUCUCAGUAGUUUGGUGUUUUCUGAGCUAAACUUCCUUCCUUCUCUUCCAGCUGUAAGGAGAGACCCUCCUCUUCAGGGUAGGUCUCUAUCUGUCUGUCUGUAUUUCUGCCUUCUCACCAGCUUAUCUUUAAGAUCAUGUCAGGCUUUUAUCAUGUCAUCACAUCUGCAUGUAGCUUCACAUCUGGAGCUCAGAGCUUCAUAGUUUAGCCUUUAAGUUUUCUAAUGUUGGUAACUGUUUUUGUAUCAGCUCGUUAUUUUUCAGUCCAGGUUUAAAAAAGAGGAAACUCUCAGAGCAACACAGUAG